GUUACACUUUCGCGCAGGACGUCCCUGUGUCGAGAGUGGACAGUUAUCUCUCUCCCACUUCAUUUCAAGUGGGUGCAGAUGCAGUUAUAGGAACCGCGCCUGCUCUUCAAUUUCAACAGAAUUUCACCUCUUAUUCUCUCACCCCCCUGGGCUGCCCAGAGAACUGCACGUCCAGAAGACUUUAUAUUUUUAUUUUAAUAUCGCGAGAGUAGCAUUAAGAUCCUCCAGGGUUACUGUUUUCUAACUAGGAGGCAUUAAUCCAGUCGGUCACCCGCUGCCUGUACGGGAACACGCACUGAAACAGCAAUGGAGUACCUCAAGUUAUGUUUUGUUUUAUUAUGCUGGAUGGAGUUUGCUCUUUCUCUUUCUUUCACCGAGACACCUCAAGCUCCUGUGCUAAUUCCCAAAGGUAAGACUAAUAAAAGUUUUGAUAAUGUGGGGUCGCGUCGAAAUCUACCCACCGACGUUUUAUUGUAUGUAGCCUAACAUCUGAACUAAGUGUGAAGUUAAAUGUCAAAUUUAAUAGCUGUCAUGGAAAAACGUUGUACGACGGGUACAGGGUGUGGAUAACGGGGCAGGUUGAAUGCCCGUGGCUCCCCGGAAUAUUUAACCCGCGACUUUGGACCAUUUAAUUACAUGACAGAGCUCGAGCACAAAAGAACUGUCUGCGGUUUCUCACGCGCCGCUUUUUGCUUCAUGUCGUUUGCUCGCGUGCAGCUUUGGCUUUUAAAUACACGUCAGGCUGUGAAAUAUCCAGCGCGAGGAAUAAUCAGCCAAUUGGCAGCGGCUGUAUGAUGCCCUCGCUCAUUUUCACUUUUCUCAAUUAAACUUACCCGCGAGGCAAAAGCGACGCACAUUUUAUCUUUCACGAUUUUAACUAUAAAUCAAAAUGUGUAGGAAAUUAACCAACUAUUUUAAUGUAAAACAAGCAUUUGUGAGCUCGAGAAACAGAGGCGCAGAUGUAAACCUGCUUAUAAUUGAAGGCUCGUGGAGCAGAGCCAAGUUCAACCUGUUUGAGUGCUCAGCUGUUCAGACAUCCUAUAUACAUACAUGUAUACAGUAAGUUUGUGCUCCUUAAAAAAGCAGCAGCCCACUCCCACAGCUUUAUUGAGUUGUUUGUAACCCUUCUCCCUGUUAGCAUGUUGCUAGGGUAAAUUGCUCCAAAUUGCCCUGAAAUCAUUUCAGUUAAACACAGCUCUUUUCACGCACACAGGGCAUCUUGUAAAAACCUGCAGACAACAACAUAAGUGGAGACAUGUGUGAGUGUUUUUUAUGUCGUAAGUAGGCUACUGUGGGCCUGUGUUCAGGUUAAGUCUGGAAAUGUACUUUUCUAAUGAUGCAUUUUGCUUGGGUGAGGCAGUUUGCUAUCAGGGAACAACAGCUGCCUUCAGUCUCCACAGGCUGGCUCUGUCCUCUGCUCUGGACCAACACAGUAGCCACAGUUCCUUUACAAGGGUUAAGAUGUUUACUUACAAAAGCUUUUCAAGACACCUGGGAGGGAUUGAAACACGAGCUAAGAGUGCACCAGCUAAAUUUUUCUCACCUCAAGUAUAGAUUUCACCUGAAAUGGUAUUAAAUUCAUUAAAAGAAGUAUGAAAUUAAUAUUUUUUUAAAUGGGGCGACAAUAAAAUAAGAAGCUUUGGCAAGUAAUGAAAAAAAAGUUAAGAUGUUGUAGCACUGCCAAACAAAGGCAGUAACAAAAGUUAAUUUUCUUUUAAUUUUAAACAGCUAAUUAUUUUUCUACUUUAAUAAAAAAGGCCUUCACACCAUCCCCGAGGCUAGUCCAUCAUCCUCAGAUUGCCUUUUAGAUUUACAGUCAAAAACAAAGGCAAUCAUGAAUUAACAGCAAAAAAAAAGAAGCUAAGGUUUAGAAAUUAUUAUUAUUUUACAGAAAAUUCAUAUGAACGAUAGAGAUUUAAGUAGCUGUCCUUCAGUUUUUUGUUUUUUUAGAUUUGCCUUUGAGAGUUUGAGGUUUUGCUGUAUUUAACAAAAACUUAAUAAAGUUACACAUUAAAUUGAAAAAUGUAAUGCAGGCCAGAUGUUUUUCUUUAUUAAACCCUUUUGGGAGCCAUUUGCCUUUUAACACUGACGCCUUGUUCAGAAAUCAAUUAUUUAAGGGGGUUUGUUCGGAUCAUAACGUCAGCUUAACACCUUUAAAUGAUGUGUUAACGGAGUGUUAUAUCAGCUAGAUGCGUCACUGUUACCCCCAAGUUUUCUAAUCUGCUUUUUCUCUUAAAGUCUGGUGUUUUUGUUUUAAAAUAAAAGAUCAGCAAACAGCUAUAAUGGCUGUAAUUACUUAGGAGAGUGAUGUCAGGUCUUUGCCAGCUGGGUAAGCACUCAUUUUCUCCUUCAGAGUGAGGUCAGAAACAUGUUAAAGAGCACCUUCAGAAGGCUUGCUCUGUAUAGUGUGAGUGACUCUGCUAUAGGUGUAUGUAGCUAUAGAGGUGGGAUGUUAUGUUUAAGGAAAAUUGGCACCUGAUUUUUGAGGUUCAUAGCAACAUUUUGGUCAAGACUUUUACCUCUCCUCCAGCUUUUCUCUGGAGGCAAAAUCUCUCUCCAUCACCUACGGUACAAAGUUUAAUGGAGGGAUUAAGCACUGAAAGGAAAGGUGAAGGAGGCAGGAAUGCAGCUUUCUGCCCAUUUCUCACCUACGGGCACCUGGCAGGUCUCUGUGAACAGCGGACGUGGCUGUUGGGUUUGGAAAUUUACAAAAACCGGGGCGGUGUAGACCCCCUCUGUCCAAGCUGUCUGAAAGGAGCCUUUUACAUAUUUCUGACUGACUGUGUGAGCAGCACUUCUGACUGAGAAUAUAUGGCUCUAGUAUUUAGUCUCAUCUUACAUUGUGGGUCUUUAAAGUUAUUUUAAAAUAUUUAUUUUCCAAGCAGGUAAAAGAUGCAAGUUACAGCCGUGAAAGCAACAACUUUUCAGUGUCCUUAACAAACUUCUGUGGGAGUUUGGGAAGUUUAAACACAAAGUUGCUGACAAAUGAAAGCUCAAAAGGCUUGGAUGACCUUAAGCAGACCCUCUCAAGAAUACUAAUAGAUAUUAUGACAUUAUUGACUUAGGAACAAGUUGUGUAUUCUUGACAGUUCCUUGAACAUAUUUCCUGGCAAGUGUUUUCAUGAGUGUGUAUGUGAGACUGAUACCAUAGCUCAGUACGAUCUGGCUUGCCUCAUCGUUCUCAUAAAAUAGAUUACCUCUCCCAGACAUCACUUACGUGUCAACAGGGAGGACUUGAUGGCAAAGAAAAGGAGACUCCACCUAAAGUCACCCAUGACUUAUAUACUGUAUAAUAGCGCUCUCUAUGCCUGUAAUUCCAGUCUAACAAACUAACAAACCAUGCUGGCCGUCCCAGGCUGUAAUCAUGUCUUAGAACAUUGUCACUGUGUCACCACACGUUUGGAUCUGUGCCCUCUCUGUGGCCAAGUGUGCAUUGUAUAGUCUGCCUUUCUACUCGGUCUCUUUGUGCCUGUGUCCGACGUGUACUCUGCUGACUACAAAGCUAAUAGCUCCCCUGAUGCAAAGUCUUCUAGCACAGAUGAUAAUCAGCUGUGUUGUCAAAAUCAUGGCUUUAUUACAAGUAUUUCAUUAUUCCACCAAACAAGUGAUGUUAAAUUACGACUGUCAGAGAGUGUUAUCUCGGCAGCUGUUAAUAUUUGGCAAGAGCCAUGUUGGCUGGAUCUUUUAGGGUGUACUGUUUUAAUCGAAACAUACCGUCCAAACGAGUCCUGUCUAAUCGUAGACAAUAAGUCAUAAAAGUGAAAUCAAGGACGGCUUGAAUUCUUUUAACAUACCAAUGUACUGUCGUCUGUAAAGAGUGGCUACAGCUGCAAGAUAGGUAGGACCAAGUUACAGCUUCUUACUGGAAAACUUGCCAUCAGGAGACUUGUAACCAUAAUUCAUUCAUACUCAGGACUAUUUAGGGAGGCUUUGAGUGCCUGUUAAUCCUGCCGUUAGAGAGGUGAUAAACAGUAAACUGGGUAAAUAAAUAACCUUUGCUAAAACUUUCCACAGAAACUAUUCUCACUAGCUGACUUGACUGUUAAAAGUAGGGUUGUUUUGAUACUAGAAUUCUUGUGAUUACACAGUUAAGAAAGCUCUUGGACACCCUAAAAUGCUUGACUUAAAGUUUUUGAUUUUCAACCUUGACAUUGUUCUAGUAUUGAAGAGGUCAGUAAACAUGUACCGUCUGUCGACGCACUGUUAAGAGCAACAAGAGGGAAAGAUACUCCAUCUUCUACAUUUGUUACAGUGAGAAUUUUAUGGGCAUCAGCUUUUGUUCAACAAGAAGCAGCUUACAGCCAGUAGACCACACACAAAUGUCAGUAUUUGCCAGCCUGUGAAUGAAAAUAGCCAGUGCUAAAAUUACUAUGAUAGAGAGCAGAGCACUGUCAUGACUGUGAUGGAGAGCACUUGAAACCAGGAUGAACUGGGAUCCAGAGAGGAUUGUCACGAUUUACACAAAAUUAAAAGUGGUUGUUAAGGUAACCUGUACGAAAGAAAGACAGCGUUUUCCAAGCAGAAUACAGCCUUAUUGUGUGUUUAUGAGCCGUUGGUUUCAGUGUAAUUUAACUAAUGACUCCAGCCUGUAAUAACAAUCACGCAAGCUCAGAGGAACAUGCAUCAGCCAAACCACUUGGGUAUAUUCAGGCAUGUUCUGUUGACUUUCAAUGCAGAGAAAACCUCAUUUUGCGUAAUCAGCAUGUCAGUGUUUGUGAAAUACUUGUCUAACAGCCAAGUUGCAAAAUAUAAUCAAUAAAACAGCUAAUAUAUCUUGAAACUGUUUUCUUACUUGUAUCAAAACCGUGUUGGCAUGUACAUUAACAAUUAAACUAAAGUCAUUUUACUCUAACUUCAUUAUGCUGAAGAAAACCGUGUGUGUAAUCUGGUUAGAACAAAGAGGUAUUUGAAGUCCCUCAGUGGCCCUGCACUGCAGCCAACAGAGGAAAUGAUUGCUAAAUGUAAUCAUUGACUCCUGACGUGCAGACUGAGACAUAAACCAGUUCAAAAUUAGUCUUUUUUUUUUAAUUUUAUUUUCAGUGCUCCUCCUGGGCUAAAUAAACUAGUCUUGAUUUAUUAUGACGUGCAAUGAGACCCCCAAAUUGUUUCCUGGUACAGUGCCGGUGACAUCAUUCCACAUCCUCAGGCUGAAGUGACAUGUGUAAUUGAAAACAGCCUUUUUUUCUGCGGGUGCCCUACAAGCCUGUUGUGGCUUCUAGAAGUGGUAUGUUUCAUCAAUCACAGUGACUUUGAGUAGUCAUUGGAAAAAUUAAUGUAUUCAUAUUGUGGAGAGUAAAAUAAUGUCUAACUAGUGGAUGAGAGCAUUAGCUUUAGCAGUCUCUUGGGUGUCAUCAUUUAAAAUGCAGCUAACUGCAAACACAUGGUGUGCUCACCUUUGUAGCAACAGUGCUAUUUUUUGGGGUCAAAGGAAUGUCUGCAUGUUCAGGAACUGCUCGCUGUUCAAUAUCAAAAGUGCCUCCUUUGUGCCAAAACUCCUUGUAGUCGUAUUAAAAUUCUAAUGACUUCUAAAGCUGGAAAACUUUUGCAAGUGACAUCCGGUUUGGGGAUGCGCUUUUAUGCUUAGCAGAGGGCUGAGAAAUGAAGGAGUAGCUUUGAUGCAUGUUUAUAAGACUUUGUAGGAAGACAGCACUACUGGAGGAUAAACAGAGAGUCAACACGUGUGGAUGAACUCUGCAAAGAUCAGUCCUUAACCUGAGUGUGUGUCCACAUACUGUCACAGAUAUUGGCUGUUAAGGGUUUACUGCUAACCAAACAAGUGGUCCUUCCUCUUGAGAGCAGAGGAUCCAGUGUCCAUGAUUUCCAAAAGAGUGUCAGUUCUUGAUUAUCAGACUAUAGGAAAGUUUCCACUUUGCCUCAGUCUAUCUGAAUUAAAUCGGAAAGAGUUCAAAGAAGUUGCCAGCAUUUCUCGAUCAUAUUCAGAGUUGAUAGGUUUGUCCUUUGAAUGGUACAAUUUUGACUUGCACUUCUGGAUGCAUCGACAAAUUGUGUUUGCAGACAGUGAUUGUUGCUGCUGCUUAAAGGCCUAAAGAUUAUCCAUUAGUCAUUGAGAGAUUAGAGAGACUGUCUCUCUGGAGUGCUGUCUUUAUACCUGGUCAUGUUACCGAACUGCUGCAUAAAUUUUGGGGAUGUUUCAAAGCUCAGUUCAUUUGUUGGUUCAACCCUGGAAAUUUGGCUAAAAUUAAUGUUUGCUCAUCAUACUUUACAUACCAGCUGAAAACUGUGGUAUUUCCCUUUAGAUCUGUCUGAAAACAUUUAAAAAACUUCAAAAAUCAACACCGAUAGGCAUCAGACAUAGAAUAAACACAGGUUUCUCCCCAUCUCCUGAUGCAGUCACUGUGAAGCGUUAGGCUUUGUCAUACUUUCUUGUCUGGAUUUAGAUGAAUGUCGCCACAGAGUGUUUACAGUAAAUGUCUACACCUGCAGGGUGCAGACAGUGUAAUGCUGAGGAAUUCUCAUGCAGAGGAAGACUGUGAGUUUGACAGUAACUGAGCAUAUCAAACAUAGCUUUACACGUAAGUUGGUGGCGUUUACAUGUAAAUUUAUAAAGUAAGGGGUCACUGUUUUCUCUAUUCUGCUCUUGGCUCUGUAGUUAAUGUGAAUCUCACCUGGGUCACAGGUGUUUGCAGCACAGGGCUGUCUGGUGUCUAGCUUAUUCGAAGUGUGUUGUGAGGAACAUCUUGAGAUUAGAAUUUCUCGUCUUCUUGAUGAUAACUAUUUUCCAUCCUCAUACACUACAACUCCUUCUUUCCUCUAUAAAAAGGAGGAAAAUAAAGCUGGUAUUUGACAGAACGCUCAUAACCUGAUUGAUCGUCAGCCUGUAUGUGUGUUUCCUGUACAAGAUCAUCUUUCACCCUGGAUGGGACUGAGCUGACAUAGGCACAGCCUCACUGUUGAGUGGGAUGAUUAAUCUCAUGUAGUUGUUGGCUGUUUGACAGAAAUAUAACGAGUCCUUUGAAAUUUCUGCAGCUGUAAUGACCGAAUUUAGUUCCCUCAACAGUAGUGGAGUUACAUUAAGUUCUGUUUUUUACACCAAAAUCAACAGUAGUAUACUGCUGCAAGGAAAAUAUCCUUCCAAUAUCAGGCAGCCCUUAUUCAGCUGCAUGAGCAUCCGCCUAAACUGUGUAACAGUUUUAUCAAGACUCAGUGGACUUAAAGGUUAGAUCCGAUCUGCAUUUGUUUGAAAAAGCCAAGGAAUUCAUCGAUUAACCAAACUAUUUGCAAUGUCCUUAACUUGAAACUGUUUCAGACCAUUUUUGGGAGCUCUUAUGCGAACUGAACAUUUUUGUCUUGUGUGACCAAAAAAAGAAAUCUCAGUGGCCUGGACUGUCCCAUCUAAGAAGACAGAUAAUGUUAUUCUAACAUUCAAGGCCAGGACACAUUCCCAUGAUACCUCUCUCUGUUCUAAAAAAAAAUGCUUACUUAGACCCAGUGAGUCAGGACUUCUGCUCAUCCGAGUGUGAAAGUUUACCUAGAUGGCUGAUCCCCAUGUGGUACACACAGAGAGAGAAAGAGAGAGUGUGAGGGAAAGACGGCUCGGCGCCCAUGCCUUUCUUGGAGAGAAGUUACAGCAGCGCUGUAAGAGCCGCAUUCCUCCUCUACUGUGGGCUGUUCUUACAGAACUGACAUGAGAGUGUGUUAUGUUUACUCUGACCAAACACUCAUCCCACAAAAUCACAGCUGUCUAAAAACCUCUCCUAUCUCACUGCGCCGCCAUCUACCUCUUUGUAAUGCUUUGAAUUAGCGAUUGUGCUGUUUUAUAAAACGGAGACUUCAGGACGGUGAUUACAGUUUGUGGCUAGAUUGGAACUUUCUUCUAUUUUACCUCCCCCCUCUUCAGAGAGUGAACAGACUGUUUUGUUUUCUCUCCUUGGAAACUAAAUUGAACUCUGAGACUGUAUAUACUGUAGCACAGAACAUUCAUCGACAGAAUCAAAUAUAUACAGUGUGAGCAUUUUUAAAUUACCAAACUUAAAUCACUUGGACAAACUCGUCUGAAUACGAAAAGUUAUUUAGUGGAAGCAUUUUACCUGCUGGAGGAAGGUUUGGGUCUAAUGACUUUAACACUGUUUCUGUCAGCAACUCCCAGAUUAGUUGUUGCUAUUUCAGAGGUAAUGAAAUGUGUAGGAAAUGUGUUUUGGAAAGAGCAGAUGGAAAUAAAAACUUUGACUUACAGCUUAUUUGUACUCUAUCUUUAUGCACCUCAUAUUGUUAUUUAAAUACUGAAAAAUGUGAAAGCAGACUGCAGGUUUUUCUAAUAUCAUGCAUGUGUGUGACAUCCCAGUUACUUUUAUAAAGGGUCUUUUAAAGUAGGAAGCUCCAUAAUUCCGUUGAAUGACGACAUGAAGUCUGUUUAGAUAAUUUACUGUAAACUACUGCCCAGCACAAAAUCAUCUCAUCACCACCUUUAAAAUGGAACUCAACACUUUGAGCCUGAGAUUUACAGUUUGAUGUUAAACUGAUGUUUUUUCCAACUUUGUCCAUCUACAAUUUAUGAUAAUGAUAAUAGGGUGUUGGAUAUGGUCUUUUGACGACUUCCCUGACAAACAUAAAUUCAUCAUAGAAAAUAUUACUAUCCCUGUCUUGGAAUAAAACUGACAGAUCAUAAAUCUUCUACUGGACAUUUUUAUCAUAUCUGGAUCCAACACUCUCAUUUCAAGCCACUGGUUUCAUGACGCAACUGCGAAUCCUACUGGGAUUUUUUUUUCCCCACCAGGAAUUGUGAGGAAAAGCCACAGAAGAGACCGCUAGGAAGUGUUUCAGCGACAAAUUUUAAUGUGAGAAAUAAAAGUGUCAGUCUCAUCCUUUUAAAUCAAAGGUGGUUUCAUCCCCAGGCUGUACUUAACUGGGAGUCUGCUUGUAGGGACGCAGUCAUGUGGCCUGCUGGGGGAAAAGCAUGUGUGGCUCUAAAAGGUCAGAGUAAAGCCACUGGGGGGUAAUUGGGAUCAGGGGGUGACAAUAUGCAGCUUACUGCAGGCUUUAAUAACUUUAAAACAAACAGAGCUACUGGUGAUCAUUUUAUUUGAACACAAAAACAAAUUGAAAUUGACUGAAAAAGAAUUGAAAACACAUGUCCUAGCUGGAAUCAUGGCUUAGGGACGAAUCACGGUGGUCUGAAAAAAGCUGCCAAGAAAUCCCAGCAGAGAGUACUUAUGAAGGCAGAGCUGUUUCAGGCUAUCCUCUUUCAGCUGUUACUGAGCUUUUUGUCGCACAUUCAAGUUCAGCACAAUAAAUGACUUUAGGAAAACUAAAAAGUUAGUUUGGAUCUGCCUUACACAGAAAAAGGGAAGGGAAAAAGUCAUUAUUUAUAGCACAUACAAGCAGAAGUCUUUAAACUGAAACUUGGUACAACUCUGCCACCAUGACAGGCUGAUGUGAGGAAAUACGGGAGGCACGUUAACCCCUCUUGUAAGCAUUAAAACCACUUGUUCAACAGAGCUGUGAUACAAAUGUGUUUCCCAAAUGUGAGACACAUCAUUGUCUCCCUGCACUACGCUCGGCAUAUCUCCACCUCCGAGCCAAGAACCGGGACACACCUGCGGCUCAUAAUCGCCUUCCCUGCCCCGUGUUUGGUGCUUAGGUUAGGAUGAAUCCCAUGGUGCUCUGAAACCAGCCCAGCUCCUUCCUAUAAACGUUGUCUGAGGCUGUUAAGUUAGAGGCAGACAGGGAGCGAUUUCCAACCUGUAACAGAACCUUAGUGUCAGACGAGCGCUGGAGUUGCCAUUAGAGCGAUGACAGGGCCACAGGCUAGACUGGGAUGAGAGAAUGGCGGAGUCACGUACAUCAGAUAGAUGGAAAAAAAACUGAGCAGGGACUAAAUAUACUGGACUGUACUUUGGAGGAGGGCGGAAAUAUUCUUUUAUCAGACUCAUACACAAAACUCAUACAACACCACUGGAGCAGAUCGCCAAAGUCUGAUGACUUACAGUGAAACAAGAAUUUGUUGUAACUUUAACAGUAACUUCCUGUUACUGGGUCCAAACUGCCUUAAACUUCACAGGUUUGAUCGAACUAUAAUAUAUUCAGUCAAUAUUACCGAAGACGCGAUAAGCCAUUGAACUUAAUUUCACGACCUCUCAUGGUCAAACAUGCAAGGGCCCACACAGUACAGUUUACCUCUGUAGCUAAGCUUAAUCUUCAGCACAGAUAAAAAUCUAAAUUCAAUGAAUCAUAUCCAUGUUGCAGUUUUGGACUCCAGUGGCUCCAGAUGGUUUAUGAGUUUGAUGAGAUGGUCGUUGCCAGAUACAGGGGAAAAAUCCAAACAUAUCUUGUUUAGGUCUUGACUCUUAAUACCGAGGCAGAGUGCUCUCCUGGGUCCUUUACAGGUACCUGAUAUGCUCUUUCUCAUACUUUUUAUACUGCUUUCCAGUGUACAGUAACUUCUUUACGAGGCUUUAGAGGAACAUAAUGCAGUUUUCUUUAAUUGAAUGCAGAUCGGUUCUUGACACACGAAAAGCAUGAUUAGUGUUCAAGUGGUCUUAUAAAAGUACAUGAAAGUGUCAUGAACUUUUGUUGGCCUGACUGACUUCAAGCUCAGAACAACAUUAGGCACAGUUUAGAAGAGAUAUUUAGAGAGCUGGAAAAUAAUGGGAACUCUUCAUUCAACAGUAGAGUUCAGUGAACAGGAUCUAGAGACCCAGGGCACUUCCUUCCUGGACUCUUUCUAAUCAAGGCCACCCCGGUUUGGUUUGAGAAAACAUAACAGAACAAGUGCAAAGCAGCUUAGUGGGUUUAGUCUCUUUCUAGCCUCACAUGAGGCGAUGGUGCUAAUUUGUAUUUGGUCUAACCCGUCUUCAGACCUCAAGCUUCAGAACUCAUGGCCACUGGAAAUGUCCUUCAGCCUUGUGGGAGUUUUUUUAAACCCAAAAAGGAUAGAAAAUAUUGAGUCUUUGUUCAAAAUUAUACUUCUGCUUUUAAAUCAAAUCAAGACUACUGUAUAUGUAUGUAGCUAAUUUGAGAUGGAGGUUACGAUUGCUAAGCCAAGCAGUUACCAGUUUGUUGACAUAGGUUUGAGGUUUACGAGGAAGUUGGUUUACAGCAGUUGAAGUCUCAGUGCUUAUAUAUAUAAGCACAUUUUAGACAUAUUACCAUUGAAGCCAAGAUUUGGCCAUAAAAAGAUCUAAAUGUUAGAGCUCUUAAGCUCUAACAUACAAUGUUGCAGUUGUCAUCUUCAAGAUUAUAUCCCCACAUCCCUGUAAUUUGGUAACCAUAAUAUGUGAUGACUUUAUAAGAUAUACAAGUAAGGUUGUUGAAAUUUGUUUUUCUUUCUCUUUCAGAAAAGUUGCUCGUCUUAACUGUUGCAACGGAGGAAACCGACGGCUUCCUGCGCUUUAUGAAGUCUGCAAACUAUUUCAACUACACUGUGAAGGUAAGACGUUCUUCUCAUACUCACAUACCCCAAGCUAAUGGUGUGUCACACAAACACAUAAUCAGACCAAAUGCUUUAAACACACUCGAUUGAUUGGGCCUCUAAAAGGGAACAAUGAGGUGCAGCGAGCGUCUAAAAAACAUCUUAAAGAGCCACUCCUCAAUGUGGGUCCACAAACUCUGCCUGUGGUUGAAGCCACAUUAUAAAAACGAGUCAGAGUUAGAGCAGCCAAGCAUCUGCAUAGUCCUCUGUCUUCUGUCUGCCAGCACAUUCAAGCUACUUUUUGUGGCCAUUACGUACCGAUUCCUGCGAGCAAAUAACCUUCACUGUAGUCAGUCUGCUGUUAUUCUUCUCUUGCUAAUAUUUUUCCUUGCGGCUGGAAGUGCACUCAGCUAUGUACAGAAAAUCCAAGGACACUACAUGAGGUAACAAAGAAAACAGGGAACUGUCAGAGCUUCAGUGUUAUGUGUAUGGUUGCUGUGAACUUAUAGACUCAUACUCCUCCAUUCUUCCUUUAGUUGUGUAACUUUCCUUUUCACAUUUCCAUUACAAACCACUGAGAUCGAGUGAAAGUGUAUCUUGGCUGCACAUCUCAGAAGAUUUUAAAAUGUGAUUUUCUCCCUGAAUCCUGACUUGACUCGUUCUCUUAACUCAAUGUGAAUACUGAUUUAAGAAAGAGACAAAAACACUGAUAUUUUGUGAGCUGUUACAUAGAACUUGGAUUAAAAACAAACUUUUGCUUAUAGUAUUUAUAUGGCUGCUUUCUCUGUCAAAUUCCUGUAUUAAGGAACAAAUACCAUUCCUCUAUGUGGUCCAUGAGUUACUGUUUAGACUUGCAUGAGUCUAGCUGCAAUGAUCUGCUCUAAUUGUAGCCACCAUUACAUGAUUGCCUUAUCAUCUAAUGCAGCUCUACAUCACUUUCCUUUAGAGCAGUCUGAUUACACGACCUUUACUUGGCCUCUUUCUUGAAGUCUCUUAACGGCAGAAUCCCCACUUUGUUUCUAGAUGUAAACUAACGACUAAAAUCUGGGCCAUGGAUUCUGUAGGAUGUAGGUUUUUUCAGUGCAGCCGGGUAAAGCUUUAACAUGCAGGGAUUUUAACUUGUCCGUCAUGUGUUCUGUCUCAGGUGCUGGGAAUGGGAGAGGCAUGGAAAGGUGGUGAUGUGGGACGCUCCAUUGGCGGGGGCCAAAAAGUCAGACUACUGAAGGAGGCCAUGGAGGCUCUGGCUGACCAGGAGGACCUGAUCGUCCUCUCAGUGGAUAGGUAUGUUGUCAAACAAAGAUUUGGUUUUUCUGUGAUUGUAUGGAUUUUUAUUAUUAUUUGAAAAUCAGUCUUUGAUGGAAGUGGAUUAAUACACCUCUGAAAAAAAGAUCAAACUAUUAUUUGUUUUUCUCUCCUUACCUUAUGUGUAUCACUUUCAUCUCAAACGUCAGUCUGAUUGAGCUCUGAUCUGAAUUACCUUUGAUUUGAGUUACAAAACAUCUCCUUGACAAUAAAGCUAAGCAAAACACCCCUAAUUGCUGUGUCGAUCCAUAAAUCAGAAAUGAAACUUAUUCCCACAAUCACAGGCUGACACGAUUACUCUGAACAUGAUUUAUCCUCAGUGAGAGCUGUUCCUGCCCUCCUAACCGGUGCUUAACUGCCCUCAGCUCAUUCAUGUUAAGGCAUUAUUAUAGAGCACGGGCAAAUAUGUGAGGAGAGUAAUUUUCACAUGCAGGUAACUGAAUUAUAGUGGCAGAUUUUUCAAGGCCAGUGGAAAGUUUUGCUGAGGUAAUGCGAGUGGAUUGGAGUAAUCACAGCUUUGCAGACUUCAAAUAGAGAUGAUAAUGACGAUGAUGAUACCGCAUCAUGUCACUUGAGUAAAGAUUGCUGUAACUGAAAAAUUGUCACACCCCUUGCAACAGAUAUUGGAAUAUAUUUGAUCCUUUCCCCCCAAAAAGUGUUGUUGUAAACUGCACUGUUCACAUUAUGAGACAUUUUGUGUUUUAAAUCUAUGAAUCAGCUGUUUUGAGAGGUACUGCCUCUGGUUUGGCCACAGCCUUUUUGUCUCAUGCGAAUUUGUUUGACAGAAAUGUAACUGCAACACAAACAAAAAAUCAUCCUGAGUAUCGCUGAAAAACGCAAGCAUGUAACCCAAAAGUCUGAAAUCAAAGAAAAUAGUGUGUUACAAAAGAAAAGAAUUAACUAACAAGAACAAACUUAUAAUAUUGUGAGACUGAAUUCUUUUUAUUAUCAGAUGAUAUUUUCUCUGUUCAAAGAGUUGAAUAGUUAAUUGACAUUUAUGUUACAAGAAUAAAGUCGUGACUUAAGGCUAUGUGGUUAGCCUGGAUAUGAUAUCAUGACUUUAUUCUCAUAGAUUUACAACUUUUUCUUCUUCCAACUAUAUUCUUCAAAUCUCUCAUGUUUCAUCUGUAAUGUGGUCCUAAUCCUCUGUUAGUCAUAAGCCAAACACCUUAAAAGGUUUAAUAAAAAGUUAUUGCCAGUCUUGGCAAAUGCAAAUACUGAAUGGAAAAAUAGUCCAGGGGAUUUAAAUAGAUCCAAAACCAAAUCCACGACCUGGAACCAUUCAGAUUCAUUUAGACUCUUGUUUUGGUGCCGCCUGCCAGUGACCGAAAGAGGACUAUGUGCUGAGUCAUGCUCCUGGACUACAACUUUUGUUAUUGUCAUAUGACUUUAAUUUCCUUGACCAACUUAGAUGAUAAAUUAGAGUAACACCAAAACUGGGUGAGUCUGACUUCUAGUCAUAUUACUGAAUGUUAAAAUGUUAUUUUAACUGCUUUGUCUGGGAUAAGAUGUCAUUGGCAGUGGCUGUGAUUUACGACUGCACUAAGGCGCAAAGAGUACAUGUAUAAAUUAUCUAAAGCAUCCAGCCUUUCUCACCUGUAAGACUUUACUUCCUCUCAUGCCAUGCCUGAGGUUGCAAAGGUUACCUCUCUUUACUUUUCUUACCACCAUAUAUAAAAAUGUUUAUAUUUAGUGCAGUUUAUUUGGGUUGAGACAUUUUUAGACUUGUUUUCGCUGAUGCAAGUAGAGGUGGGUGUUUUAUAGCCAGUGAGUCUGUGGAAAAGUUCUCGUUGAAACACAUCAGAGCUUUUACUGUUCAGGCUUCACACUCAACAGUGAAACUACCAGAAAUGUUUGAAUUUUUCACAUCCUUAAAAUAUUCACCCUUUGAAUAAAGCGUAUUUCAAAACCACCAUGGGACUUAUGAAAAGGGGUAGGAGUGUUUCUUUUAUCUGUCACAGCUGAUUCAUUAUCUAUGGAUGAAUCAGCUGUUUUCCUGCCUGGACAAAUGCUGCUGAUGAAGAAUGUCCACUGUUGACAUUAAGAUGUUAAUCUGUUUAAAGUCAUGUGGGAACGCAGGUUUGGUGUUUAAGAAAACUGUCAGACUGCUAGAUCAUGAUCUGUUGUAUUUCAUCUUCACUCCUCCCUUUUAGCUAUGAUCUUAUCUUCGCUGGGGGCCCAGAGGAGAUUCUCAGGAAGUUCCAACAAGCCAAUCACAAAGUGCUCUUUGCUGCAGAGGGACUAAUAUGGCCAGAUAAGCGACUGGCUGAAAAGUAUCCCUCGAUCCGCAGUGGCAAGCGCUACCUCAACUCUGGAGGUGGGUUUCAAGAAUUCAAAAUAUGCUUGGAGUGCCUUGACAUUUCAGUCUGUUGAAACUUUUUGUCAUGGUUGUCCUGAUGCUCUCUUUGCACUUUGGAUAAUGUAAAAGUGAUCCUAAAUUCCUCAGUGUCAGCUGACAGAAGGUAGAUAAACAAUAGUGAAGUUUCCACUUUAUCACUGAGAUUUUUUUAAAAUGGGUGGUGCUCCUGGACAUGUUCUUGCAGGAGCUCGGUGUCUCUUGUUGUUUUUUCAUGGUUUAAAUAAUGAAACCCACAUCAAAUGUUGCUUUUCUGACAUCUUAGUUAUGUAGGGACCAACUGAAAAUGAUACAGUGCCAUCCCAGUGAAGAAAGAUGACAGCCAAAGCCAUGAGAUGGUGUACGUGGUUAGCUGGAGUACUGCUAAAAGCAAGGCUCUACCAGCUUCAGUCAGUAACCAGGGAGCUUAGUAGAAGAUUUUAAGAUCAUGGAUAAUCUGAGAAAGUCAGUAGAGGAUUGCCUCGAGUCAACAAGGUGCAUGUCUGUACCCAAAAAAGGGAAAGCUGUGCAGUUGUCUUCUUUAAAAGUAAAGUUUUCAAUCCAUCUUCUAUCUAGAAUAGAGAAUGAUGAAACUGUUGAUUUUUAAAGCAAACUUGGCCUCUUCCACUUAAAAUUUGCUUCUAUGUGUCUUUUGAUGGAAUUAAAAGUUUGGUUCAACCGACCUCUUCAGCUCUUUCCACAACCGAGACAGCACAUUCAGAAAGAAUGCAGGUCUUUGUGUAGGUUUACCCAUCACAUUAGACUGACACUAAAUGCACUUAAAUGCCUUUUCCAGUAUUUCCCAGUCUAAUUCUUUCCCUCGUUUACGCAUGUGUUACUUAAAUGAUUACGUGAUGGACUCUGCGUGCUGCCAAACCGUAGGUUACCCACAUUCAGUUCAGUGCCUGGAAGCUUCCUGAGUAGACACAGAUGUAGGAGUGAGCCUGCUGCUCAGCUAACAUGUUGCAGCUUAUAUAUGUAAACUGACACUUAACAGUCAUAAUCCUUACAUUAAUCUACAUAUGUUGAACUGCUCAUUUAUCAUAAUGGUGAUUAUUAUUAUUAGGAUUUUUUUUUUUAUUAAUUGAUUAAUCAGUGACAUUGAUUCUCAAACUGAAGGUUCAGCACCCACGCCUUUAACUGCUGAACAUGGUUUUACACAUACCCCCAUCAGCUGUCAGACUCUGAAGACUAGCAGGCACAGUUGGAAUUCAGAUGGGUAUCCAUACGGCCUCACUGUUAUUGUUUGAGAGAGUGGUGUGGUGCCUCUAGAGAAUAAGAAUGGACUGAUGUUAGCUUAAAACAUAAAACCGCUGGGCUUUAUUUCUUCAAAUGAAAUGGAAGUAUAUUUUUCCUGUAAACUCACCCUUUGAGGAAUUUCCUGUCCGAGCGGAUGGGAGCUGACAGAAGCUCAUUCAUAUGAAUGUUAACUGCAUACUUUGUUCCCUUUCAGCCCAGCCUGACCAUUGAACUCCUGAACUUUGUAUUGUAUUACAUCUGCAUUAUGUUAAAUGAGUUUAUAUUUUUUAAUUUGGUAAAUUUGACAUCAAGCUUGUAAAAAAGUGAGAGAAAAUAUCCAGAGAUUUUUGACAAAGACCAGCAGCAGUACACUCUCACACACAUAAUCCACAUGGCAUGGCCAGCUGUAUCCUGUCUGUCUUCAGGACACAGAAUUACUACUUUCCCUGUGGUCAUCAGCCUGUUCUGACCUCCCAUACUGGACUGGAGCUGCCUCCAGAGGAUCAGAGACUGUAUUUAGCAUUCAUUGUCAAUGACCUGACAUGUGGAUUUGUCUUGGCCCCCACAAAAGGCCACAGUUUAUAUAAAAUUGCAUGUUUUGUUUUGUUUCUAUACAGCUGCCGCCUAAACGACCAUUGGGUAAUAUUUCAGAGCAUCUGGACACAUACUUUCACAAACAAUACAGUGUUUCAGGAAAGGGAUCAGGAUGCAGAAGGCCUGUGUUUGUGUGCUGCUGUGUGUGUUUAUUUAGCUACGUUUAUCUAAACUGCUCACAAAACUUGAAACGUUUAAAACUGAAAUAGACAAAUUGAUUAAUGUUUUAUUUGCUGCUCACUUUCUGUCUUGCAAAUUUAAAGUCUGAAUAUUUCGUACUGCGAUUUUUAGCAAAGCUGGGGAAUUUUUCCAGAAGUAUAUGGUCAAACAGGCCCUGCGAUUCCCAGCGCUUUCCAGGAGUUGUUGAGUUUAAAGGCAUCAUUUUGUGGAUAAGCAGCCGACAAUAUGAGUCCCAUAAAAUUUCAUGAUUUCCUUUCAACUUUCCUUGCUGUUGCCAAAUUAUGUCAUGUCUAUCCUUCGGGCUUUGUUUACAGUGUCCAAGCCUUCUUUUUAAAUGAUGGGAUGCAAAAUGGCGCAGACAAGCGACAUAGCUGAACCCUGCAAUCUGUUGCUGUGGUCAGUGUCCUGGCGCAUAAGAAGGAAAAAGAGAAGACAGGGCAAAGCUGGAAAGGAGAUUACCAUGAGAAAGUACAUUUAGAAAGGGUGUGAGGUACUUGCACAUACUUUUCCAUAUGCCGGCUGCCCCUUAGUCAAUCCUUUCUAUCAACAUACUGUGGGAACAGAGAGUCCCUGCCCACUUUGUGCAUGCUUGGGGUUAUUACCAAGAAUCACACUUAGUGUAAGGCGCUGAGGCUUCCUCGUGUGAAGACCUUUGUGUAUGAAGUUAGCAGAUAGUGUAUAAUUGUCACCAACAGUCUGGCAGUUGUAGCCUAUAUGACCUUGUAAACUUUCCUCAACCCUACACUUAGCGGCUGGAUGUGUGGCUCACACUGUUAUUUACUCCCAGGUAUCAUCGGCUACGCCCCGUACAUAAACCGAAUUGUUUCCCAGUGGAACCUUCAUGACAACGAUGAUGACCAGCUCUUCUACACGAAGAUAUACUUGGAUCCUUUAAAGCGGGUGAGUCAUUUGAGACAACACUAACAUUUAGGUGUGAAAAUACAUCCCUCAGGAAAUCUAUUGGAUGGCUAAGAUACUGUAUGUUGUUGUGCCUUUCAGGAGUCCCUCAACAUGACUUUGGACCAUAAGUGCCAGAUCUUCCAAAACUUGAAUGGGGCAGUUGGUGAGAAAUCCCAGAGACUGAAUUUUACACUAUUUCGUAAUAAAAGUCAGAGUUGUAGUCAUCUGUUUAGCUCCCGCACUCUGGGGAAGAUCCUAACAGUGUUUUCAGAGAACUUGUAGACUUGGAAAAGCAUCCACUCAAAAGUUAUUGACCUUCAAAACCCUGUGUGCUCAUGUGCUAAAUCAAUUUUCAUAACCUGGCCUGUAAUGUCUCUUGUUCCUCUCUCUGGCAGAUGAAGUGCUUCUCAAGUUUGGAACAGACAGAGUGAGAGUUAGAAACACUGUGUACGACUCUCUGCCAGUGGUUAUCCAUGGCAACGGCAACACCAAAGUGAGUGAGAAAUUCUGGCCUCAGGCACACCUAGCAUUUGGCACCACAUGGAUUCUUUCAAGUUGAUUAUUUUUAUCUAGGACACCAGCUUAUGGUUGAAUUAUUAAACUAUUUUCCCCAUUUGCAGACGGGUUUGUUUUCGACUCUCUCAGAUAUUUAUCCAUUGAACAUUAAUCACUAACAGUCGCAUUUCAGUGUAUAGAUCCUGACAAACUCAAGAAACAUUGCUGCUACUGUAGUGGCUGCCAAGAGCCUUGCCUAUAAACCCAAAAUGAUAUUCAGUGCCAGGGACAGAUCUAGCCAAACACAGGCUGUUGUUCCUUUGUGCAUAUAUCCCCUAUUUUUCAUUGUCUUUAUAUCAGAGUGAAAGGCUUACACAAGCUGAAAAGCAAGAUGUCUGUCUAUUCACUCUGCAGCAUUCCUGUUUGGUAUUUUAACCAUCUCUCCCUGCUCCACCACCACCCUCCGUCUGCCUCUGGUCUUCCUUGGUAACGAACCAAAUCCAACAAACUACUGAGUCAUCCUUCCCGGAGGCUCCAACAUCUGCGGGAGAAACUCUAAAUAGUAGAUCACAGAAUGCUUGUCCAAGCAGCGGUUUCUACUGUUGGAGCUGUCAGGCUUGAUCUCUAACCAUUUAUUUAUUGUGACUUUCCAGUUAUCUCGCCAAGUUCAAGCUGAUGAUGUUAGUGGAUGUGAUAAGAGAUUUCUGACAACGGUAGUGCUUACACCCAGCUAUCCACACAAAUACAGACUCUUUCUGCACACUAGAGUUUGAUCAGUCAGUCUCAAAAGUGUCAAAAACUAGUAAAGGAAUGUUUGUAAUUAUGGUCUCAAUCUGUUGGCAUAAAGUAGAGAUGUCCCAAUAUGAUAUUGAUAUCGGUCCAAUAUCAGCAAAAAAGCGAAUAUCGUAUUAUAUCGGCCUACAUUUAAUAUCUCUGAUAUCAGUGCUCUGAUACAAGCAGUCAAUUCCAGACUCUGCUCCAGCACCUCUAUCUAGCAGCCCCCAGAUCAAGCAUGCGAGGCCAUCUGAUCACAACAACAGUGUGUACUAAGGUACAAACAAAGUAGCAAGGAGUAGGACUGAUGUCAACCGUGUGGCAGUAUUUGUGCAAAACUUUUCAUGCACAAUAUCAGUAUCAGCCAAUACUGAAAGCUACAAUAUCAGUAUUGUAUCAGAAGUGAAAAAGUUGAAUAACUUGUCAUGCACAAGUUUGAGCCAAUACCGGAUCAAUAUCAGUAUCAGCCAAUAUUGAAGGCUACAAUAUCUCUAUCAUAUCAGAAGUAAAAAGUUGUAUUGGGACACCCGUACAUAAAAAACAUAUUUCACUGAAGAAUCAUGUCGUAGCUUCACUGUAAGGGAUGUUUGUGGCAACUUCUAUCUGGCAUCUGAUUUUCUUAUCUGUUGUCUUAUUCUUACAACAAAUAACGCAAAUGACAUUUAUAUUUAGAGUUAAGGUGCUAAAAUUAACUUGGGUAAUAAAAGGGAGCUUAAAAGCUUGUCUGAAGGGCACUGGUUUUGCUCUGUGGGCACCCAAUCUGCAGGGUCUCCAGGCCUUAUCGCACUGGUCGCAGGAUCAGUUCCCAGUUUUUGUCUCUAUAAUAAGACAGAAAAAUUCAAACGUCAUCUAAAAAACACUCUAAGGCAUUUGUGUUCUUCAUUCUUUCAUUUGCAGAUGUACUUGAACUACUUGGGCAACUAUGUCCCCAACACAUGGAACUACGAGCAUGGGUGCAGCCACUGUGAUGAUGACAUCGUGGAUUUGUCUCAGUUAAAAGUAAGUGCUUCAAACUCAGACAUUUUCUCCUCUAUUUGCUGUACUAUAUUUAAAGUGCAGCUGUGGAAAGUUUGUAUUUUGUGGACAUAGGAAAGGAUGAGGCAUCUGAACUGUGUGUGUCUGUCUAGACAGCAGGAGUGGAGCCCAGUAUGUCCUAGUUUGACAGAUAAGCAGGACUGGUGGUGCCGCUACACACACUCCCUUUCCAACUAAAAUAGGUUGUGUGCCCGUUGGUCCUUUUGGACCCUUUUAAAAGAGCAUAAGUGCCAGGGAAACUCCUUGGGCAAGAGGAAGCCCAGCACUGCUGUGGUGCAGGAUAUGGCUUUUGUGGUUUUUAGAAGGGUUCAUUUAAAGGGGUGUCACUGUCGGCCAGCCUGCCUUUUAGUGGGCCUUCAGUAUGGGUUUUAUCCACAAUAGGACGUUACGGUGGUUACGUUGAAAAUUUGUCACAGAGUUCAGCCAAGUCUGGCGACGUAUAGACAGCAGAAAUGGCAGGCAGAAGGAAAUGUCUCUGUCUGUGUGGUUGCUUCAGUCAACAGUGUUUGCAAACGCUGCUUCUGUCUGAGGACUUCGUUCUGUAGCAUUCGCUGUAAAUCUUUCCAUGAUCCUUGUUUUAAUCCACUCUGUUUCUCCAGAUUACUCUUGUCACCGGAGCUGUAAACAACUUUGAUAAUCCCUUUACUCUUUUGUCAUUCUUUCAGCAAAACUGUCCAACAUUUUUUUGGUCUGUUUAAGUGUCUUAAACACGAGGAUUUGCAACUUUUGUUUGUCAUUCAAAGUACGAGUUUUUGAGGUUUUGACUGCAGGUUUUACAAAAUAAGUAAACUGAAGACCUUACUUUGGUCUCUAGGAAACAGGGACAUUUUCUCUUUUUUUUUUUUUUUCUUGUUUGUUCAGUAGAUUUACCAGUUAAUUUAUAGAUCAUGAAAUUGAUCAGCAAUUUUGAUAGAUAGAGAAACAAAGAGUUGCAACAAAGCCUGUCCCUGUGAUUACACAACCCCUAGGCCUCCACAUUACAUAAACUGUGGGUUUAUCUCCAGCCUGUAUGCUCUGUAGAUAAAUCUGUUUAAUAUUGAACUGGAACUGGUUCAAUACAAACUCAGUGACAUGAAAAGCCUCUCUGUGAAAAAUGCUCUCAGUGACCUCCCCAAAUGAAACGUGAAAAAAUGCACCUCCGACAUUUUAUCCCUCAUAGCCGCUCUGUGUGUUUCUGGGACAGAAACUUGUGGAGGAACAUGUCAUGUGGAAACGCUGGUUUUACUGGGGUAAAACCAGGUCACUGGCAGUCUAGCUGAGCUCAUGGUGUGCUCUGGUUGUGGUUUAUUCCCCAUAGCAGCACACUGUUAUACUACUCUGUGCAGAGCUAGGCAGAGUCCUGCUGAUUUUCGUCUCUCUCACUCAACUAAAACUCCAGUUGUCAGUCCAGUCUGCUUUAAUGAGUAAUAUAAACUUUAUUUUACCAUAUCCCAUCUUUUUACCUCUCCUCUUCUUUUCAUGCCUGUCCAGUCUAUGUCCAAAACAGACUAUGGUCACACUAGCAUGAGUUCCCAAGAUGAAUGAGUUCCCGGUACUUGUGCCCUAAACACAGUCUUUGCGGAACUUGCAAAUUAGAUGGUUCUACGCGGAGCCCUUUUCAUCCCAGGCCUAGACCUUUGCUGUGAACCGGUCAAGAGGAUCAGGGAUCCAGACUGAGCUGUGUGGGCUGGAGCUAGUGUGUCAUGGGAAAAUGUUUUCUCCUCUCUCCUCUUUUCUCUGUGUCUCUCUCUUUAUUUCUCUUUAUAUCGGCCUUGUCCCUUACUGUCUGAGCGGUAAUUUUCUGCACAAGUUGUCCUCGAAGCGGGUGAUACGUGGCACUCCGGGUUAAAGGUUAGGAUUUUUUAAAGUAGUUCAUACUUAUAGGGGUUUAUUAUAUCACUCAUUAUUGUCUGGAGAUGAGCAGCAGUAUUUCUGCAGAUUGUAAAACUAAAAAGUUGCAGUACUAAAGUGAAACACUGCGGAGAAGAAAUCAUGCACAAAAAAAAAGUCCCAGUGGGAGUGGUCUACAGCAACUGUUGUCAGUGUUUAUGUCCAAAGUGAAGUGUCAAAUUCAUCAAAGAUUUAUGGUAAACAAUGUUCCAUCACACAGCUGAGUUGUUUGAAGUGGAGCUAAUUUAUUUCUCCUCUAAUCCAAACAGGACUAUCCAAAUGUGCUGGUUGGUAUAUUCAUUGAACAGCCCACUCCAUUUCUUCCUGAAUUCUUUCAACGCCUGCUGUCCUUGGACUAUCCCAAAGAUAAACUCAACCUUUUCAUCCACAACAAUGUAAGUGUAAGCAGCUGCUGUUAGCACAUCCUCUAUAUUGGUUAGCUAUGGAGAACCAUGUUUAGCUCCACAGAUGUGUCUUUUAAACCAGUGAAAAUGGUUUUCCCACUCAGGAGGUUUACCACGAGAAGCACAUCCAGAAGUUCUGGGAAGAAAACAGGAACGUGUUCCACAGCUUCAAGGCUGUGGGACCAGAGGAGAAUCUGAGCCAAGGAGAGGCCAGGAACAUGGGCAUGUAUGUGUCUCUUCUCCAAACUUAAUCAUACCCUUGAAGUUGUGCUUUGAGGAGGGAAGUCAUUGGACCAGAUGAAGAAGUUUUAAGCUCCAAUUCACCUUAGCUUGUUUGGUUUGACUUCCAGGUGUUGUAGGAAAAGUCUUCUCAUGUCUCCACAAAUCGUGUUAAGGUUUUGCUCCCUGGAUGGAUUUGAUGAAACUUCUUGGUGUUCAUUUCAAACAGAGCUUAUUAGAAGUAUAUAAAUACAGUUUGGGUUGGAAGAUUGUCAGCACUGACACCCUCCAGGCUUGUAAUCGUGUCUUCUUUCUUGGCUGGAGCACAGAAUCGUGUAUCUGAUAUUCUACCUGCCAGGUUAACAGAUGCAGUUUCUACAUCUUCUUCUUCCCCUGAGCUCACUCUCUCUCAUUGCUCAAAGCUUAGUAAUAGUCUGUUGUCAUGGCGAUAAUUCAGUCUGUGAGGUCUUAUCAGAGAGGUUCUAUCAAAAGCACAGCACGCCUACAAGUACUGGCCUGGACAGCCCUAUAAUGAAGACGUCUAGGGUUUAUUAGCAGCCUCUAAUCAUCAUAAAAUCACAUUUAUCCACUGGAAGCUUAAAGAUAGUCAGUGAGAGUCCAACUCUGUGAUUAGAUCCAAGUAUUUCAUUGAGUGUAAUCAGUGCCAAAUUGAGUAAUCACUACCUUGUCUACUGUGUGUGUGUUUUUUUUUCAUCAGGGAUCUUUGCCGCAAAGAUGCCACAUGCGACUUCUACUUCAGCAUCGAUUCGGAUGUGAUGCUCACAAACAGACAGACGCUGAAGCUCCUUAUUGAGCAAAACAGGUAAUUAUAUGGUAUCUUGAUGAGACGCCAAACUGGAAACAAGUCAGCAAGCCUCCUUGGUUGUUGUUGUGAUUGUGAGCUGUUGGAAGUUGUCCCUCAAGUGGCAAAACCACAGGAACAUUACAGCCCAGUGAAUAAAAGUUUAAAAAUAAGACGCCUUGGCUUCCUGUUUUGCGUGGCCACAUGGAAAGAGUGGAAUAGUCAAUUGCUCUAACCUCGAAAUGCCACUCUUCAUUAUACAAAAAACAAACAUGCAAACCCUUUUCCCCUUUUGCAGCUCGUGAUUUUCAAGAAACCUCCCUGUAAACUCAAUGUAAUGUGGCAGUGGCAUGGCAUUUUGUCCCAAGUCAAACCGUUUCAAGGAUUAUUCAAGGACAGCAUGCGAAUUCCCCUGAGGCGCUGACGCUAGAGGUCAAAAACGCCUUUCUGUUUUAACUAAGGCUUAUUAGAUACAGUGCUGCAGUUCUCUUAUAUAAAGCAACCCGGUCAUUUCAGGCUCAUUUAUUGGCAAGUUCAUAGAUAAAGUCUUUCUCUGUGGUGUAGGAUUUUGAGGCAGCAUCGGAAAAAUCAUUCAAAUUCUAGGAAUUCGUCAGAAUAACGUCUCUCUGCAGCGAUUUGUUUUACAGUAACUGAAUCCAGUUUGGGAUGACUCCCUGCUCCGCUCUGGUUCCGAUUAAACAGUUCCCCAUUUUAAUGGUAGCUUGGCAGGUUAUCAAAUCAGUCCAAGGGGAGGUCGAUCUCAUCAAUGCAUCACACUGGCUUUAGAUAUGAGAGAGCAAGUACAUUAGCUGGUUAGAUGUCUGUGAGAUGUCACUUGAGUUUUAUCCGCUCUGACAGAAUUACCAUCUCUCUGCUCCAUCUCUCUCUUUUCCUACAGAAAAAUAAUUGGCCCCCUUGUCACUCGUCACAGCAAGCUGUGGUCCAACUUCUGGGGAGCCUUGAGUCUGGAUGGUUAUUACGCUCGCUCUGAGGAUUAUGUCGACAUUGUGCAGAGGAAGCGUGUGUAAGUCAGAUAUGCAAUAAAGGCACACACGGCCUAGCUUUGCAUUUUUAGGGUUCACACACCAGAGUUGGAUCUCUCUGUGUCCAUGACCAAAAAAGAUCUUGUGCUUUUGUUAGGAAUAAGUGAACUACGAUGUUUUUCUGAGAAACUUUUACACAUGGAAAGCAGUAAGGGCCAAAAUCAGAUUAAGUAUUGAUCUACUUACAGUCAAAUUCAGACAAUCAGGCAUCCAAAAGAUGUCAAGUCCUCUAAAAACACAACUUGUUUCAGAUAAAUGAAGAAUGUAAUGCUUGUUAAACCGGUAAAAUUGCAGUGCAACAGUGUGUGUCUGCUAAUCCUGCUCUAAUCAAAGAAGUAGUUUCUAUUUCACUGCUUCUGGAUUGGGCUGCAGCUGAAAAAACAGCAGGAUAGUGAAGAUAAGAUUGGACUCUGAAUUGUUCUUAAUCAGCUGUAGAGAACUUAGUUUUUAAACAAGCUAAAGGGUUUCUUUAUUAUUUGCAUUUUCUUAUCGGGUUAUCUAUCUAUGCCUGGUUGCGAAUGGGUCACCUUCAGUACGCAGAGACGACAUAUUUAACGGUCAAUGCAAAACGAGCACUUCCUUUCUCCUGUUCUUAUCUUGUUGUUUCUAGGGGCGUGUGGAACAUUCCUUACAUGGCGCAUGUAUACCUCGUCAAGGGCAGCACUUUGAGGAAUGAGCUGAAAGAAAGAAACUACUUUGUUCUGGAGAAACUCGACCCCGACAUGGCUUUGUGUCGAAAUGCCCGAGAAAUGGUAUGUUUACUCAACCAUCCAUCGUCAUGACACGCUUUUUUAAACAUGCCAUCAUGAUGUAUAUGUCUGCAUAAAGGUCCAGUCAGGGAUGUUUACACCAGGAAACAUGCUUAAACAUGCAAGAAUGAUUAGGUUCUAGUCAGCUAAGAAAUACAAUGAAUUUUAAUGCACAAGUCCAACAGAUCAACAGAAUCCAAACUACGGCAAGUAUGAGUGGCUUUAAAUGUCUUUGCACACUAUUGAGGCAUGAUCCUCCUCUGUUUAUGCUUUCUUUGUGGUGCUUAAAUGUUCUCUGCUUCACUUGUAUCCCAUCAGCCCUCACUUUCUCUCGCCUGCAUUGUAACCUAACCACAGACAUUACACCCGGCUGCAGAGCCUUGUUGACAGUCUGACAAAAAUCGUCUGUUGUGUGUUUCCUUUUCUUCGUAAACUAGCCCAGCUGUGUUUUUAUCACCUUGUUUCUUUACUAAACAAAUAUUGCACCUGAUCCAAACUCAGUUUAUGUUUGGAUUGCCUUUUACCCAGCAUGCAUUCCCCCCAUAAUAAUCCACAAAAACAUCAGCUUCAGAGGGAACCUUGCUCCUUUUUCAUGCAUUUAUCCUCCUCCCAAGUUUCUAUGUUUGUGACGUAUUUACAUACCUCAUUCAACUGUCUUUUAUUCUGAUAUCAUAAUUCAUGUUAUUCUAUUUACAUGAUGCUUCUCCUUUAUUUUAGACGAGUCACAGAGAAAAAGACUCCCCUUCUCCGGAAUCAUUCCAUAUGCUCAGGCCCCCAAAGGUGUCCAUUUGCUUUAAUUAUUUUGCUUCCUGAAACAUCCAUUUCCAAUGGGUUAGCAGGAGUUUUGGAGCUCUGGCUCAUUUCAUAAGCAAACUCUUUCAAAGGCAAAAGAUGAAAGGAAUACCUGGCCGUGAGUUAAAUUCUGAAAAUGCAUAUUUCAUGAAGCUAAACACAAAUUUGGCAUUUACAUUUUCCAAAAAUAAAAAAUCAUUUAAAUACUGAUUUACUGUCUCGCUGCCUUUUUCGCAUAAAGAUGUCUGGCAGCUCUUUGGAAAUUGAUGUUGACAGUUUGCUUGAGUUUUUGAUUCAAAGCAGAUCUAUUUUGUCUAAGAUAGAGAGAAAAACCUGUUGUCUGGUCUGUUUUUUAAAUGUUUUCCAUGAGGAAAUCACGGAGGAGAAAGACGGUUGGAGAGUCAGUUCACAUGCAAGUCCCCUGUCCUGAUGCUUUACCCCGAACAGCCAAACCUUACAGAAAACAUAAUGUAACCAGCUGCUUCCUUUAAACACCAUGACUGAUCUCAGACUAGGCUCCAAAAUAUUUCUAUUGACUCAAAAAUGCAUCCUGGUCUAAAUCAUAGCAUCCACAUCAUACAUUUGAACAUAUGCAUUUGACAAACAACAGCCACCAGGAAAUUGCACAAUCAUUCUUCGUCAUGUUUUGUCUUCCUUAAAGCCUAGUCUGAUAGUGAGUCCAAAUCCAGCCCUAAGCAGCCCCUCCUCAUGCUUCACUGUAGAGGGAAUUUCAUUCCUGGAUUUGCUUUAUCUUAAGCUCCCUAGCAGCCCUCUGUUCCUGUUACCCCACUCCUUUUACCUCACUGUCCCACUCUCUCCAGUCUCCAAACCACCACCACUGCAGCCCCAACACCCAUAAAUAAUCUUAGAUUAUUUAUACGGCAUCUGCGUCUAUCUGAAUUUAAAAACUAUAGAUUUCAGUGUGUUGCGGCACACUUAAAUCGUACUUCUUCAUUUUUGUGCAAAUGAAGCUUUAAAGUAGUUUGCAACAAGAAACUGUUUGCCAGGAUUUAUGCUAGUAGUGCUAACCAUUGAUAUGUUACUAAGAUUAUCAUCUGCAGUACAAUUAUGUACUGUAAUUGUGCAUGUGUAAUGGUUAGGCAGAUAUUAAACUUCUUGUAAAAUGUGAGAUAAUGAUUAAACUGUAAUCUUUCAUGAAACUAACUGAACUUUUUCCUGUUUGCUGCAGGGAGUCUUCAUGUACCUCACAAACCGUCACGACUUUGGGAGGCUCAUUUCCACAGCCAAUUAUAACAUUUCUCAUUAUAACAAUGACUUGUGGCAGAUAUUUGAAAACCCAGUGGUAAGUCAUCAGAAUCUCUCAUUAUUCUUCGGCACAUUUUUCUGAAUAGCUGGGAUAAACAGCAGCCACCUGUAAAGGUUUUAGCUUUAGAGGGAAAUAUUCCAGAUGUGAGACGAUUCUGAAAUAAUGACUUUAGUGUGAUAAGACUCCUGAAUUUGAAUCCCCGGGACCUGCUCUGUGGGUGAGGGGAUUAUCUCUGUGUGGUAUGCAGGUCAGCAAACAGUCCAAAAACUGGCCACUAAUCUCAGAUUCUUUCUCCUCUCAGGACUGGAAGGAGAAGUAUAUCCACAAAAAUUACACCCGUAUUUUCACCGAGAACUACAUGGAGGAGGUUGGUGUGUUUGAGUGCAUCUGUUUAAGUCAGACUGUAUGACAGAGAAAGAAGAUGACAUAAUAUCACAGUAAAGUCCAACAUCUGUUUUUAACAUUUCUGGAUAUUGCAUUACAUCCACUAUAGCUCAAGGUGUAGGUGUGACUGAAGUCUAUUCUCAGAGCCUGUCUGAGCCGCUGUGUAUAAUUCUAUGUCUGUGCGUGUCUGUGUGCGUUUGUGUGUGUUGCAGCCCUGUCCAGAUGUAUUCUGGUUCCCAGUGUUUUCAGAGCAGGCCUGUGAUGAACUGGUGGAGGAGAUGGAGCACUACGGUUCCUGGUCUGGAGGAAGACAUGAGGUCAGUGCUGUUAGCUCAGGUUCAGUGAGCAGAGUUGAAGACAACACGCUACAGACACGCACUGAUUUUAUAUGAGGUGCUGCUCUCGGGUCUUUGUAAAGGCAGUAGAGGGCAGAAAUAGUGACAUCUGGAAAGAAGUCUUUCAUUAUCCUUUGACCGUAAUUCAGCCUAAAACAUUUAAAAACUUCUAAACAGUUACAGGGAUAUUUCUUUAUUUUUGAAUUGAGGCUGUAUGAGUUAUAUGCUAAUAAGACGUGUCUGCUCAGCCCCUUUACUGGGAAACAGGAUGCUAGAUAUGCUACUGUUUUCAGCUGACUGGGCUGAUGCUACACUUAAACUGUAACAAGAGCUAAUUUACGUAGUAGAGUUGUCCUCGACUGCUGAAGAUGCCAACAUAUCUAGCAUCUUGUGCCUGUUGUUUGUCAUUUUUGAUAAACUAGACUGAGGAGUUUGUUGCUGUGUGCUUUUUGUUGUUCAUGAUAAGACAGACGCAGAGUUUUUGGCUAAAAGCUAAAAUCACAUGGAAAUGACAGUCUUAACCUGAUAAGGCAGGGUUUUCAUAUGUUUGCUAUGUAUUCAAAAAUUUGUCCAAAUAUGCUAACACUAGCUGUAGCUAAACAUGCGUACAUUAGCUGUAGCUAGACAUACUAACAUUUAAAUAGUUUUAGAAAAAGAAUGUAAAGAUGUGACAUUGAAAGAAAUUUAACAGUUUUUUGGCAAAUUCCUCGAUUAAUGACCUUAAACUCUCUUUAAAUUGUCUGUCUUUUGAUCUCUGUUUACUUAAAUACUAAAUAAAAAAAGACAUUAUAAAUGUGAGCAGCUUUUGGCAUCAUUUCUAGCCUAACCUACAGAGGUUGCUAUUUUAUGUGAUUCAGUGUACACUAAAUCCAUUUUAAAAAGCCUGUAAAACUUUUUUUUCAUCCCCAUAAAUUGACAAUUUUAAUAUUGCUGGUGUCCUAAUGCAGUUUAAUAUGGAGCUCUUUAUGAGAUACGGAAGGGGAAAAGUCCCCCAUGUUGCCGUGUAAACUUUAAUGCAACAGUUAUGAAUUUGUUUAAUGGCAGCUCGGUGUGCUCUUUUUUUUUCCAGGCAUUUUUUUUUUAUCACUCCUUUUAAAAAUGUUAUGUUAUAUUAAUCUCAUUCAAAUAACCAGACGCAUGACUGGGGUUCAAUUUGUACUCAUGCUUAAUUUUAUUACCCUCACGUGCAGGUUUGUCAUUUACAUGUAGACAAAUAAAUGGUUAUGAUGCUCUAUUAUGGCUCCUUAUUCAUGUGGCCAGUUUUAUACAGUUUGAAAUUGGUCUGUAACGUGUCUCAAAGUUUGCCUUGGAGACAAAUGUGCUCAGAUUCUUUGACUCACUGCAUUUGGGAAAUGGUUGAGCUGGAUGGGUCAUUAGGCUCCAUGCAGGCACACAACAGUUGAGCCUGCGGUUUUUGAGACCCACAUAUGCGCUUACACACGCACAGACACAUCAUCUCUUUAAGGCUGUGGUCACACACAUCCAGGAAGGUGUGUCAUUUUUUCCACUGGUAAUCACAAAGCAGUAAGCUUUAUUUCUCCUUUUUUUUUAUUCAGGACAAGCGGAUAGCUGGCGGCUAUGAAACAGUACCCACAGACGACAUUCACAUGAAGCAGAUUGGUUUCGACAAAGAGUGGCUGCACUUCAUCAGAGAGUUCAUAUCACCUGUCACACUAAAAGUUUUCUCUGGAUACUACACAAAGGUUAGCCUGGCUUCCUGGAAAAAUACAGGAAAGACAAACAGAACCCACCUUCCUUUCAUGAACCUAAACCUGAAGAAAUAUCUGUUUUCACUCGUACAGUUUGGGACAUUCUUCAGCAAAAAACUGUGGGCUUUGACAGGAACUGAGAGGAACUGAGUUGUCCAAACAUAUGCGAACAGUCAACUACGUUUGUGUGUUUUUGUUCCUCUGUCACAGGGUUACGCCGUCAUGAACUUUGUAGUAAAGUACACACCUGGCAGGCAAUCCUACCUGAGGCCCCAUCACGACUCUUCCACCUUCACCAUCAACAUCGCCCUCAAUAACAAAGACACAGACUUUCAGGUAUUGAAUGAAUACUUUUUGUAGUUUUUGAGUACAUUAAGUCAAAUUUUCAAAGUAUUGGCAACAAGAUUUAAUCCAAAUUAAAAAGUAAUUCACAGUAGCUAUGUGUGCGCUUAAUAUUCAUGCUCUACCAAGAACUUAAAUAACCUCUUAAGGUCAUUAAUGUGCCCCAACACCAAAUGUAAGAAUAGAUGGUACAGGUUGGGCAUUAAGAGACACCAAGAGUCACAAGGGUUAUGAAGUGGGCACCUUUCUUCUUAAGUGUUUUGUCAAGUAAGUCUCACAUCUCAAUGAGGCUCAGAAGUUAGCUCCACCUUCCAUGCUAGCUCUCAAAUCCUACCAUACCCACUCACCAAAACAAAAAAGAGAAGAGUCCAUAGAGAGAUGUCUAAAAAAUAUAGUGAAGGCGGGAGGCUUGUUGAGGCCAGAGAUAACAGCUGUCAGGUUAAGCUGCACACUCUGACUCCCCUUACUCCCUAUUUUCAUGAGAGAAGAGUAGAAAAGAGGGUUUGUGGACAAGAAAGACAGAGCCAGAGCAUGACGCUUGAUUGGCAGGGUCAAUCUCACUUAUGACAGGUUGGGCUGUACGCUCCACCUCCCCCCUGACCCCUCUGCACACAUUUCCAUUCUGAUGCUCUUCUAUACUUUGUAUAAUUUAUUCCUUUAAAUUAAUUUGUAAAUCUCAAACAUUUGUCUUUUUUUACCCUCCUUAUCCUGAAUCAGGGUGGAGGUUGUCGUUUCCACAGGUAUAACUGUUCCAUAGAAUCACCAAGGAAAGGCUGGAGCUUCAUGCAUCCAGGACGACUGACUCAUCUACACGAAGGCCUGCCCACCACCAAUGGCACCCGCUACAUUGCUGUCUCUUUUAUCGACCCUUGAGCUUUGAAAUGAGACUGUACAGGAGUCUUUUGACCAUGCCUUGCCUUUUUUUGUUGCCAUGUUUGUUUCGUUUUGUUUUGUCAUUUGACCUAUUGUGCCUUUAAAUGUUUUGCUGAUGCAAGUCUACUUCAAAGCAGCCGCUUGAGAAUAGAUGAUUGCAUUAAAAGAAUCUCUGUCAAACAGAGUAUAGACGAGAAAGUAACAAAAUAAGAUGCACAAAAUAGAAAGAAAAACAUGCUUUUGCUCCAUGCUAAUUUCCAUUCUGUCUUGUUUUUAGUUUCAAAAUUAACAUCCUGUAAGGAUAUACUGGUACUGUAGCAAUACAUGAUUCUACACUGUCAUGGUAACCAGUAAGAAAGCACACUGGUUGUCUUGCUAGCAGUGAGCUUAACUGUGCUAGUAUGCUAAUAGCCUGUGUGUUUACAUUUAUGUUUUGGGUGUAGAUCAUUCAUCCCAUUUAUAAAAAUCAUACCAUCAUGAUCUAAACAAUGACUACUGGUGCUCUCAUCAUCAAUAUAUCUGCAUAAAGAUUCAGGUCACUUUGCGGAGGAGUGUUACUUUGAAGUGUUUUUCUGCCCUGAGAAAGCUCAGACUCUGUUUGUUAUUUAAAGUUGGAUUUGUGCCCAAUGAAAAAGAUUCUAUUUUUGGAAUUUUGCACAGAAAAAAAAAAAAUAAGACAGCAGAAUUCAAUAUGAGUUCUGUUUAAAUGAAGUUCAGUAUUUUGUUCUACUUGAAAAGAUUUGUUUUUGUCCUUCUUUAAAAUUGGUUGGUUUCAAUCGCUUUCCUGAAACACAUUCUGCAAUAUUUUUGAGAGACAGAUUUUUUUUUACUUUUUUUUUUCAGAAAAGUUUUUUAACUUAUUGUCAAAAGUAAUAAAAGUCUAUACAAAACUACUGUAUUCUUUUUAUUGCAUCAUAAAAACAUCUCACACUGUAUAUUGACUGGUUCUUAUUUCAUGUCCUUAGCAGACCCGACUUACUGACUUGGCUUGGAGUGACCUCAUAAAAAAGAAAAAAAAAAAAAAAACAGCCCCUGCAGAUCUUCCCGGCAGAGUUUGAGCAAUGUCUGGGAAUGAUCACAGCCACAUUAUCGCUUCUGAUUGUGCUAUCACUGUAAUGGUGAAUCAUUGAGUCUGUCAAGUAUCCCCUGUCAUGCCUAAAAACAAUGUGGUGUGCUUUAGAGUUCUGCUCCACUGCAGGACUUGAGUGUUUAAGGUGUGGUGUGAUGAUGUACAUCAGUCUGAGUGUAGUUCACUCUACCUUAAGGGCUGAGUUCAAGCAUGUUCAUGUAACCCCAUGAGAGCUGGAGGGCUGAUGACAGAACAGAGGGGGAGCAUGUUGAAUGAAGGCAACCAAAAACAGGUGAUCCAUUCGAUAAAGGAGGGUCAGUGCUUUUUAUUUAUGACUUCAAGGUCUGACCCUUCUAUCAAAUCCUAUUACUUUUUAGCACCCAAAGUGUCUAGACACUCAAACCCCCCUUCAAGGUCCAUGUUUUGACCCCUCAGGCUUGCCUCUAUGACUACAGGCACACAAUUCUGCUCCCUGCGAAGCUUGCAUGAAGGCUGAAUGUCUGAGUAGCUGCUCCCAGGCAGAGCGGAGAGGAGGAGGAGGAGGAGAUUUAGGUCAGCAUGGGGGAAAGGCUCUCCUGCUGAAAGAGCCCCUUUGUGGCCGCCAUUUCCCUCCUUCUGCCCUGUGCUCAGCCCCUCUGAAAGGUGACAUUGAUCCGGGCCAGGCUUGCACAGAAACCUGCAUAUUUUGUUAACUGGCAGGUUUGUCAGAAGAAUAGCUCAAUCAAAAGACAGAAACACUGUUUUUAAAAUCUAAAGUGAGACAGAAAAUAAAAAAAGAAUGGGGGUUUUGAAAUCUAAACACAGGUUGUACUUGAUUUUUCUUUUUUAUGUAAGAAUUAUAAGAGUAUUCAACUGCUUAGCGCAUGUUUUUCAAGUCGAACCCUGUCACACCAGGAGGUCAGAAACACUCUGUUCAAACACCCCUUCUUUGGGUCAACGGGAAACGUGAUCUCUACCCAAAGCAAAUUCAGGCGUGCCACUAACUGCAGGGUGCCCGCCGACAGAUAGUGAUUAAGACAUUACUGUGGCAUCCACGCUGGUUCUGACUAAACAAAGGAUUUAAAUUAAGUGUUUACAAUGAUGAGAGCCUGCAAGUGCCUGAGGCCGGUCGGUGUGUGGUCAUAUCUGGUGCCCGUGGUUUGAAUCCAAUCGUUCUAUGUGGCAGCUGAAAAAUUGUUGAUACAGCACGAUAACCUGGUGUGCAACAUGAAGGUCAUAAAGCUGUUAGCAGGAAUUUAUAGUCACUUUUCUAUAAUCACUUUGAUGUUUAAGUGCUUUUCUUCUUUUUGUUUUUUUAAUGUUUCUUGGCCUGAAUCUUUUGUCAUACCACCUUUAAUCAUGUCUCAGAUCAUAAAUCCCAUUGCACCGUCCAUAUUUAGAGUAACUUGUAUUCAACUAUAAAGAAUAAGCAAUAAAAAGCUCAGGAAUGUAUAUUGUUUGAGGUAAUGCUUUUUUUUUUAAUUCCUUUUUAAUUUCCUGCUGUAGGAAGCUGGGAACUACUUUCACAUGCGCCUUUAUACGUUUUUGUGCAGCAUAGUGAGUAUUUUGGCUCUAGGGUGGAGUUAUAUGUGGACUUGAGUCAAAACAAACACCAUAGUUCCUGUAAGUCACAAUGAGGAAUCGUGUUUCUAAAGGCAACACUGCAGAUCGCUGAUGGGUUUUUCAUUGUUUUCGAGCUGAAGAGGUCCACUGAGCUGACAUGCUAACUGUGUGAAGCUACAUCUUUGUAGGGACAGUAAGCAGGAUGAAGUGUUUCAAUGUGACUAAACAUAUUUUUCAUUCUUCUAGUCUGAGAACAGAUCAGUCCAUGUGGAGUAAGCAUGUGAGCCAAGCCAGCUGUGUGCAUGUGAUAUAUACAACAUAAUGCGUGGUUCACUUACUGUAAAUUCUCAGAUGAUCUUUGGAGGAGAGGGGCAGGGGAGUGUGGGUAUCCGGGUUCAGGCAGAGUGCAAAGUGACAUCAGUGGAAAAGUACUGGGAUGGAAGACAAAUUCAGAGAGGAAACGUUCAAUCCAGCUGAACACAGAUGCAACACAGUGUGUAUAUUUAUGUGUGUGUUGAUUUGGGUGAGUUUUGCUUUUGUGUCGGCAGUUCAAAGACUUUAAACUCCACAUUUCUUUAAAAAAAAAGGGAUCAUGGGGAAAAAAAUACAGGAAUGUGAUGUAUGAGAGCUAAAACAAAACUCCCUUUGUGUAAAAUGUUGUUGGGCAUAAUGAGACCUCCACAUAGUGCCCAAAUGUUUGAAAUUCCUUAAAAAUUAAGAUUCAGUAAGAGGCCUCAUGCUAGUGUUACACUGAAGAUGCCCCAGAGAGCUACUUAUAUGAUGUCAAUAAGUUUCACUCUUAUUAAAAUGUAUUAUCAUGAAUGUUAUGUCGCUUAGUUGGGGCCCGUGUCUACUCACAGCACUAUCUUUUUAUUUUUAUUUUUUUUUUCCAGAAACACUCAACUGAACAUGCUGAAGCAAACAAUUGGUCACCUAUACAUUCAUGCUGUUGUUGUUAUCACAAUAGAAAUACAUGUCAGAUAUCAUACAACAAUGGCUCAAACAUCAGGUUGUGAGUUCACAAACACAAUCCAUUCAUCUCAGUAUUGCAGACAUUUAUCCACCUGGUGAUUUAGUGAGAAGGUCAUUCUUUCCAUAUGCUGUGUAGUAUUUACAAUAUCUAUCCAGUUAGUCACUGCUGGGGAAACUGCCUGCAUCCACCUUCGUGUUACAGCUUUCUUGCUGGCCGCCAGUAGAAUCUUUCACAGAUACCUGUCUUGCUCCAGUAAGAAAGUUACAAUCUUUCUCAACUAGAUUGCUGGAAAGGAGCAGUCAAUUUCAACACCAGAAACCUUCUGUAUUGCCCGUGUCACCCCCUGCCAAUAUGACUGAAUGACUGGACAUCCCAAAAAUACAUGACAUGGCCUGCCAGCUGUUCUCCACAGUUCCUCCAGCAUAGAACCCCUCCCAUCUCCUUUAUCCCUACACUUUUUAGCUUAGGUGUUACAAAAUAUCUUAUCAAAUUCCUAUGACAAAAUUCUCUCCAGAGGCCUGAACUGGUGGAGGUAGACUGCACAGAGAACUUACACAACCAGUCCUCCUCUGUGAUGACAAGUCCAGAUUCCUUUUCGCAUUUUAAUCGGAUCUUAUCUGUUGAAUGUUUCUUAUUUGAUUGAAUAUAUGACUACAAUUUUGACACAAGUUUCCCAUUUCCCUUACUCUUGUACAUGCCAACAAAUAAGUCAAUCAGAUUGGUAUCAUUUUUCUUCCUGAGCUUUAUCUUAACAUUAAAAUAAGUCCUGAUUUGUAAAUAUCUGAAGAAAUCAGACUUUAGUAAAACGUAUCUAUCAGAUAGUGUCUGGGAACCGUUCACAGCAUUUUCAAUUUCACUUCUCACAGGUGCUUGCUAUUACUAGGCCAUGAAAGUCAAUCAAUUAAUGAUGGAGUGGACUCAACACAAGAAAACAGAAAGUGGCUGAGUAGACUAACAGUUUUUAAUGUGGACGUCCCAUGUUCCAUUAAAGUUACUUACCAGAUCUCUGUGAAUGUCCCUGAGCUCCUCAGUCUCUUAGGUUCCUCUGGACUGAUGCUGCAGAUGGUCAGCUGCUGUGGACCUUCCGGACCCCAGCUGCAUCAUCUAUGAUCGUCCGCCUCAGGCCCUGAGCUGCUUCGUCUCUCGGGUUCCUGUUGACUGAUGCAGCGGACAUGAACGUCAGCCAUUAUUAACAUAAUACUAGAGUUAACUACUUUUUGACUUGCUAACUUUAUUAACCUUAAAUUAAUUUAACAUCAUUUGGUCUAGACCUACUCUUUUAGAAAGUGUUUUGGGAUACAAUUGUUGUAAUAUGGUGCUAUAUGUAUAAAGAAUAAUUGACUGAUUAAUGAAUAUCACAAAAAUACAUCAAAUACUGCUCUUAAUAUUAUCAUAGUUACGGUUUCACUGUGAAGUGUCUCCAAGAAAACUCUCUAAAUUUACUCAGUUACACACCAAAUUUGAAAAACAGUUACAGGGUUUGACCUAAAAUAAAGAGGCUAUAAAAGAAGGGAGUGUGUAGAUUUUUGUGACCUUGGUUGAAUCAAAACUUUUUCAAGUUUGGAAAAAAGAAAGAAAAAAAUGAAGCACUGGCAGCAAUCCUCGGUUAAAAAAAAAAAGAGACAUAAAAUAGUUCCUAAUGCAGCAAGAGAAACAAACCUUCGUUCAGCCACACUAUACAGUAUAUAUGUUUCUUUUUUUACCAAACCCUCAACGUUUCUUCAGUAUAUGGGGAGUUUAAGUGUUUUACCAGCUGUGGAAAAGGGAGCCUUUUAUUCUUUAAUUUUAACAACUUGAACCACUGACUUUUGAUACAGUUCCAGCUCUCACACACUGUAAAAGUUUUUUUCAGGAACUUUAUUUGACUCUAAAAAGCAUCGUGAGAAUCUCCGUCUGCAGGGCCCAGCUUUUGUGUCACAAAUCUCCCAUAUUAGGAGCUAUGAUUAGAUGCUGCCAAUUGAAAAGAAGGAAUUGAAUGUGUCAGAUAUGUUUAGGUGUGGUGAAUGUUAUCAGAGUUAUAUAAUUUACUAUAAAUAAUGCUUUAUUGCAUGGCUGCAAUCAUGACUCCCUCUCAGGUAACUUAUAAAAUAGAUCCAAAGUUCAAAAUACCAAUUAUGUGUGAUUGUAUGCUUUGAGUCGAUCAGCACACUCUCUCCUUAGCAGCCAGACUGUUUACCAUCCUAGAGUCAACUGGCUGCACGUACCAUUUAACCAAAUUACACAGCACGGCUCUGUAAAAACAAUCAGCAGCCCCACACUCCCUGACAGAUAUUGAUUUAUGGACAAGACAAAAGCAGAAUUAGAGAGGGGUGAAUGUCAGAGACCACAGGAGCUCUGUUUAUAGCACACAGAUGAAAAUGAAAGUCUCACAACCAGCUUUUUACGGGCUCUUUUAGAGUUUUCUUGAACUAUCAUUCAGUGUGUUUAGUCUGCUUUCAGAGUUCAACUGGAGAUGAAAAAGUGGGAGUGUAUGUGGAGGGCUGUGGUGUCAGCGUACGUAUGCCCAAGUGUGUGUGGAAGAUGUGUGCUUUAAGGCAAUGUAUUUAGAAAGGGAGGAGCAACAGGGGGGCUGAUGCUCAAACCCCCAGAGCCCCCGUGUGGGAACAGACAGUCUGUGCCAUUUUUUAAAGUGAACUUUGAACAACUCAGUACUUUGGAUGGAGGAGUUUAAAACUUACAUUUUCACCCAUGAGGUGAAAGUCUUCCAAUAUUGAAGAGCCAAGUGCAGAAUCUGAUGUAAUAACAGGUAAAAAAAAAAAGCACCUGUAUGAGUUCUUGGGAAGCAAUGAGCUGCAAGAAAAAUUGAAAUUCUGACAUCAGGCCUGCACCAACUAAUGAAAAAUGGUGCCCUGACAUACUGUAGUUGCAUCCAUGCAAAUGUGAAAACACAAAUGCAUACAUUUUAGACUCUGGAGAUUGUUUAAGCGCUCAUUAUGCAUUGGAACGAUUUUAAAAUACAGAUAUACAGUUUUAGAUUGAGUGACAUUUUGGCAGGCAGAAGAGAGUGAUGAAAUAUCUCUGCGCUGAUGUGUCUUUCAGUGAAAUCUCCCACAGUCAGAUGAUGCUACUUCUUGCAAUGUUUGUUGACAUCUGUCAACAGACUUUGUCUCUGUAUGUUUCCACACAAACUACUUCCUUUCAAUUUCCAUCAGUGUUAGUUUGUGAUUUUUGGCUCGGUGGCUGAGACGGCCACCCACACUUGGCUGUCUCAUUAUAGACAAUGAGGAAAUAGGGUUUUGAAGAUGUACUGUUUAUCACUUGGUUACUGUUUAAGAAGAAGGGAUUUGGGGUAAACUAUGAAUCACACUUGGGAAUAUUCAAACGCCUGUAAGAGCUGAAAGUUCUCAUCAGCAUGAUCAGUCUUUAUGGUGGCCAAAGAGAUAAACCAGUUAACACCGCAGCACAAACACAUGGGAGAGUCACCAGUUCAGUGAUGUUUGAACUCUCUGUGACUUUUUACAGGCUUUGACCAUCAAGAGUAUUGAGGUGCAUCAAAAGUUGACUGUCAUGACGUUCUGUGGAUUUAGUUUUUCCCUGGUUUUGUGUUUCCCUGGAGUGUAUUUUCUUUGUGAUUUUCCCCAGUGUCUCUGUUCCCCUUUGUUCCUGUUCCCCUGUAGUAUCUUGUGAGUUUUUAGUCUGUGUCUGACCCUGUUUUCCUCUUGUUCUCAGUGUUUUAUUGUUUAGAUCAGUUUUCAGUGUUUCCUGUUUUAUUUUGUAGUAGUUUAUUCCCUGUGUUUCUAGUCUUGUUUUACUUCCUCAGUUUACUCUCCUCAGUAAUUGUCUGCACCUGUGUCUCAGUGUCUCACCUGCCUCUCGUUGCUCAUUUUCCUGUGUGUACAUAGUCCUUGUCUUCCCCUGUUUCUUUGUUGGUUCAUUGUUGUGUGUACGUGUGUACGUCGAGUUCAGUGUAUGCCUGUGUGUUGCUUCUUGUUUUUGUUGCUUCCUGUUUAGUCAGUUUUAAAUAAACCCUUUAUUGUCGUCCUGCAUUUGGGUCCUUUUCGUUUAUUUAACUCCGGAACAUCACACAGACAGAUCAAAAACCUGCUUUGCUGCUGAGUGGUCCAAUCGGGUUGACCUCUUUAACCCCCAAGAUCAGAUCAAAGUUGGUGAAGAAUAGUUGAAGCCUUGUAAUAUCAUCCCUUCUCUGGACAUGUAUGCCAUGAUGAGCACAGUCUGCACAUGGUUGGAGAACACAGUGAAGUUGAAGAAGUCUAAUCGCCCUAAAGUGUGAUGCACACGAUGAAACUCAGUCAGCCUUGUAGCGACACUAUAAAGUUACUCAUCAAUGUUAAACCAUCCCAAUGUCUUAUCUAGAAAUAAAUUAAUUUUCAGGAGUUUAUUGAAGAAGUCCACUGCUUGUUGAUUAGCUUGUUGACAAAGUCUUUAACAUGAGGCUCUGACUUCUUAAAAACUUUAGUGUCCCUGAAUUUACCCUUGCAAGUUAAUAUUUCUCAUUUAGUUUUGCAUUAUUUUAACUUAAUUUUCAACUGUAGGAUAGAAAUAAACAUCUAACAACCCCUGUAACCCUUAUGUAACCAUCUAUGGCAAAGGACAGUUUGAAAUGUGUAGCGGUUUAUUUGCUAGGGCCCUAUGAUUUCAAUGCUGCUGAAAACUUAAAAAAAAAUCACAGAACUUGAAAACAAAGAUGAAUUAAACUGUAAAACAUGGACUGUCUUGGGUGAAAUGUGUGUUUUCAGUGAUUCAUGGUAUUUUUUUCUCUCAUCCUUUUAAAUUUGUAAAGGAUUACCAUUCAUUUCUAAUGAUUUUGAACAGUGGUUCUAAAGUUCAGUCCUCGAGGCCCACUGUCCUGCAUGUUUUGGAUGUUCCCCUGCUCCAACACACCUGAUUCAAAUGAUCAGCUCGUUAUCAAGCUCUGUAAUGGCUUAAUAACGAGCUAAUCAUUUGAAUCAGGUGUGUUGGAGCAGGGAAACAUCCAAAACAUGCAGGACAGUGGGCCUCGAGGACUGAACUUUAGAACCACUAUAUAUCUGUGUCUGGUUAGCUGCAGUGCCUGACACAGGCUCUGACAGCGGGGGGUCUCUCAGUAGGUCCCCCCUGCACUGCUUAAAGAUGUGGAUAUGAUUGUCUCAUACAGCUGUUAUGUGCAGCUGGUUGAUGCUGAUGUCAUUCGGAGCUUUCUCAUCUUGGAUCAUCAUCACUGGUGAAUGAGUCAGGUAGAGCAUGAUUCACAGGACCAAUACAGUUUAUAUAUUUAGUUAAAACUUCAACUUCUACUUUGUUGAACUUUAUUAAAUUUAGUGUAGUUCCUUCAGGAAUUGUUAAAAAUUUAGUCAACAUAAAUUAACACUGUUCAAGUGAAAAAUGUGGUCCCAAUGUAAAACAAAGAAAUAAAAGAAAUUAAAAGAGAAAAAUGAUUUUUUGAAAAAACAAACAAACAAACAAACAAACAAAUACAUUUAGAAGGGUGUGUCUGUGGGCUGUGAGUACAGAGGAUUACUGAUAAAACACUUAAAAAUAUUCUUCUUUAGAGACAAGGCCCCAGGAAAAACAAAAAAGGAAAAGAAAACAACAACAAAUUUCAGAGUGGCUUUUUCAAAAAGAGAAUCUGUGCUAAUUAUCACAGAUUUUGAUUCUCAGCCAAACCCGUUUACUUCCUGAACAACUGUCACUACCUAAUAUGUUUCCAGCUUUACAAGUGAGGAAGAACCUGAGGGUAAAAUCAAGGAAAUACUUCCUAGUGCUCCUUCAAAGACGCCCUCAGCGUACUGUCGGUUUCAAGAACACAACAGCAUCGCAGCUAUCUCUCUGAACCUGUAAUAAAAGACUGACUCACCUGAAUUUGCCACAAGGCAUAUACAAGGUUCACCCAAGAACACGGAAUGAAUCAACCGCAUUCAUUCUUCCCAGUGUGAGCUCUGAGCUCUAUAUUUACAGCACCUCUGAACUAUUUUUAUGUGUUUGGGUGCGUGCCUCAUUUCCUUAAAGAGACAAAAAGGAACGGGGUUUUCGCAGCGUUCGUGUCAUGGGAGCAUUACUGUUGUCUUGCUCGCUCUUGACCUCAUGCCACUGGGAGCUUUCUCUAAGUGCCUGUCUAUGUCUCUGGUAGGAUAUAAUUGUAUGUUUUGAGUUGUGUGGCUCUUGUUGGAUUUGUAGUUAGCACUUCUUCCUCCAGUCCUAUCAGACACUGAAGAUGCAGAGUCCCACAGUCGGGGCGUGUUUGUUUUCCAGCCAUCUAUUCCAUGUGAACCUGUUGCCCUCUGUGGAGCCAGAGGCAACCCAGCAGCAGACUGGCAAUCUGGUGACCACAGCACAUCAAGACAUGACCAGUGGUGAUCCACCCUAAUCCAUUUAAUUGGCCCUUUGGCUCUGACUUAAAAGACCAACCACAAGUGAGGAUUGGAUACCUCUGUGGAUGUACAAAGAAAGUCUUCCACACUGGUGGUUGUGGUCUUUAGCUCAGUGUUGUGGCAUUUGGCCUCCGUAUAGGCGCGCUGCCACAUCCCUCUUUUCCUUUUAACUUUCUGGAGUUUACUUAGACGGUUGGUUUAUGAUCUGGUGAGAGGGUAACUAGCCGGGGAAGACUGUAAUAUCACUUUUCAUGAGGGAGAUUCCCCUGGCAUGGUAUAUAUGUUGUAAACAGUUACUGUGAGGGAGUGGAUUCUCAGAACAAAAUGUAUUUUGCAUCAAUGGAGAAAGCUGCAAUCAACUGAAGUAUGAUGGUUUCAAGUUGUCUCUAGAGAUUAAAGAAUACAGGAAAGGACUCAAGGACCUUACCUAAUGUAAAAAAAUGUUAAAUUCAGUUUCAGCACUGGUCUGUAUUCUGUUCAAACAUGGUAUUAUAUUGUUUUACAGUCAGGUUGUAUUAAUCAGUUUGAUAUAGAAUACAUUCCUUUAAUCAGUUAUCAGUCAAAAUUAGCCUCUUUCCAUGGCAACCGUUAGCUUCUAUGGUUUCUAUCUGCCAGUAGAGAAAUGCAAUUUUUUGCAUUGCACUCUUAAGGUAUCAGAUAUUUAACUGCAGAUCUACAGACACUCGUCACACAAGUAAGACGAAACAGUAUGUUAAGGACAUCAUACAGUAUUUGUACUGAUAAUUUCACAUUAUGAGUUGAUUUGCUGUGGAAAAAAAAACAAAAAAAACAAAAACAAAACAAAACUAUAGCUUAUUUUUCUAGUGGCAGUCUUGUGUGCGCUAUUGUCGGCUACAGUACAUUGUUCUCAGACAGCCUAUUCAUUACACACAUGCUAGCUAGAGAUGCUAGUCUAGCUAGCACCCCUAGCUAGACUGUCCUCUGCACUACUUUGCAUUGUUACGGUCAAGGUGACCAGAUACCUCACAGCAAAAAGGGUCCUAGUUUGAUUCUCUGACUGGACAGGGGCCCUAACCCAGAAAUCCCCCUGCAUCCAGAAUGGCUCCGCUCCACUUCGGACCAGCAGGUGGAUCAGAUCCGCAAGCAUAUAGCGCCCACUGGAUCCGAUCACCCACCGCCAUCAGAGGAGAAGCGCCUGCGAGAUUGCCGAUAUUUCUCGCAAGACUGGACGAGAUCUCACGAGCUCUUGCGUGUUUCCCCUGGAGUCAUAGAAUGAGAUCUGCCGAUCGGUGUACAUAAACACCCACAUCCCACAACCCUGGCCUCUCCUUUUAUCAAGUUAAGAACAGUUCAACGUGUUGACCUUAUUUAAUUUUGAAAAUUAACCAGAUAUUUUAGUCUGUAACCGCAUACAACUUCCAUUGCUGCUUGUGCUGCGAAUCACUGAAUUGAUGUGCCUUGCUCAGGCGUCCGGCAAAAAUAAGAGCCUUUCGUUUUUGAUCCGCCUGCCGUGCCGGAGUGGAGCAGAGCUGUUCUAGAUCCUGUGGGUUUUGCCCGUAAUGUGUGGAGAUGGCAUCUCUCAAAUACCUCUAUGCGCAUUUAUGUUAGGAAGGAAGCAAAAACACAGAGCCAAUCUUCUGCCAGACAUACUUCCAAAUAUCAAUAAACUAGAGAUAUCUUUGUCUUGAAGAAGCAAAUCUGCAGGGACCCCAAGGCAGGAGAUGACUCCCUGCUUCUUCAGCCAUCAGGUGCUGCCCUCCGUAAUGUCGGGGUUGGUUUAUUCCAAUUACAGAGUAAACCUGACCACCUGGGAUCAAAUAAAACUGUAAAUGUAGUCUCUGAAGGUCAAGCUUUGGUUGGGGAACAAGUGAGAGCACAAAGCCAAAGCCAAGUGCUGGUCAUUGUGAAGGACACACGGCAGCUCCUCCUCCCCACCUUCUCACCUCCCCCAAUAAACACACAAACACAGAGGUUAGAAAACUGGGGGAGUUGUGACAGCACUCAUCUCUCUCCAGUAACACAGCCUCUCCAGAAUGCAAAUACUGGUUUGUAAGUUCAAAAGUUCCCCUCUCUCUCAGAUCUCUCUUUGUACAUUUCCUCUUCCUUCUCCACUUUCUCUUCUCAGACUUUAAAAGCAUGUGAGACCACUGAUUAAAAAUGUUUUAAAUAGUCAUAGAAUAUUUUUUUCUUUUUGAUAUGUUCUUCUAUGUGGCUUGGAGGAAGCCAGAGAGCACAUUUAUGUGGCAAUAUUCCACAAUAUGUAUGAUUUAUUGCAGAAAAUGUGCAGUCUGAAAGCAUACAUAUGUUUCCACUUUGGUACAUGAAGCUUUUCUUAUGUACAGCCUGACCUACAGGGCUUCCUAAUCUGCACUCAUGCAUACUGUAGAGCUCCCAUCGAGCUGUCCUUCUGUUACAGAGGCUUGAUAAAAGAGGAAUCUAGCAGCUUUCAUUUACAGAUACUUUCCCUUCAGUCGAUAAAUGUUUUUAUUCUGAGCUUCUUAAAGACUGCAAAUAAAAAAAAAAAAAGCAUAGAAAUGAGAUGUCUUUAAAAACACACCGUUUGAGUUCAAUAACCCUGAUGAAAAGGGACUGCCACUGAAAAUUCAAAACCUUGAACUUCACAAAACUCUUCAAGAUCAUCUACUGAAAAUCUUCACCUGCAAUGCAUCUUGCAGUCCUGAGAGAACGACAUUAUUUGCAGCAUGUCUUUAUCUUGGCUUGCUUUUGAAUGCUUGUAAAAAGGUGGAUGAAUAUAUAUCUUAGACAGGGGACAAAUCUUUUCGGGUUGACCUCUGCUUUCUGACAGAGCUGAAGAUGAUUGAGGUGAACUGGAAGGGGAUUUGGAACAUCAGACAUCCAAAAACGAUGACCAAAUCAUCCAUCGCAUUUAACUAUCUUGCAGAAAUGCAUUGGAAGAGCUUCUCCUGUCUGACCUUAACUCGAUCCAUGUGCAUAACUGAGCAACUGAGCAUCGUCCACAAAUUUACUGGAGGAAUCAUAUUCGAUGGUGCCAAACUGGACAGUUUUUCCCAGCACUGACUUUCAGCCAUGAUAGUCAGUAAAAAUAUGCCUCUACAUGCAAACUACCCACUCAUCUCUGCACACACGUGGACUAUUUAAAGGCUCUAUUCUGAUUUACUCAGUGGGCUGAAAUAACCGGGGUCAAUCAGUGGUUGCUGUAUGUUUGCCUACGUGAGCAUUCACAUACAAUUUUCUAUAAUUUACACUUGUGCAGGAAGCCGCUUAAAUGUACACAUAUGGCCACCCAGGGCUGGGUGCGUUGAUUGCCUUCUGUCCCACCCACAAAGUGCUGAUUCUGCUGGUAAAAUCACACACUCCUCCACGCACAGGAACUGCCUUAUUGCUGCAUGUAUGUUGUGUAGGUUAAAGUGGUUUGAGGCUUUAUCUGAUCUUAUCUUAAAAAAGAGAGGGAAGUAUCUGAUAGGAACUCAGCCAAAAUGAACAAACUCUUAAAAGGUUUUAAACUUGUAUGGUUUGAUUGUCAAGGGUGCGCCCUCCCUCUCACCCAAUGACAGCUAGGAUGGGCUCCAGCCCCUUGCGACCCCUUACAGGAAAAGAGGUCAAGACGAUGGAUGGAUUGGCAAUACAGCUGCAUGAGAAGAAAAAAUGUAAAUAGCUGCAGUUAGAGCAGUGAAAUUAAACGUUUCGAGGCAAAAAGGAUCUUGAACUGCUCUCAAGUGAGCUGUGAUGGAAUGAAAAAGCUUUCGUGACUUUCUGUGCCAACCUAAAAAUCAUUAAAACUCAAUUAUGCUCUAAAUUGAUGCCAAACUACGCUGUUUUAGAAAGGAAUGUAUGGCAAGAAAGAAGGACUUUACAGCUCACUAACAAGGUACUAACUUGCAUCACAAGAGAACUGUGAAAAAGAAACUCAGUGUGUUGUCAGCAGCCUGGACAAGCAUGAUCAAAACAUUUUCUCGUUUCAAACAGGAAAAUAAAAAAAUAAAAAAAUAUAAAAAACUGAAAUGAAAAUGGGUGUGGAGACAGAAAUGUAAUGGCUGAGGUGUUUUUCCUCAUCGAGUUUCCAUGGCACUGCCAAGACAGUGGUAGCUGCCAGGGGUCCAAAUGUAGGGCAACAUUAAAGCACGGCCUGAAACUAAUGAGUCAUGGUAGUCUGGGUGAGGUUGACAUCAUUUCCUUUUUAGCCUCAGAGGGUCUGGAAUGCGACCCCCUCCUCCUCUUAAAACCCCACUGCUGCUGUCUGGAUAAGACAAAGCUGUGAAAUUCAUUUAAAGUGGAGACUGUACAAGUUCACAGACAUACAUAACCCUGGGUGAAAGUAAAACUUACACACAUAAACAUUUAAGGAAGCAAUGUGUGUCAUAUAAUUUUACUAGCGGCACUUAAAGCAGCAUAAAGAAAAUAAUAAGAGCCCUUAAAUGAUGGAUAUUUUCCCGAAUGCCAUUUACAGGGAUGCACUGUAACCCGGCAUCAUCAAAUUGCAGGGUUGCUCCGCAAAAAUAGGCAUUAAGUGAGUUUAUCCUCCAUUAUGUCCCCGGCAUGGGUGGAACAUAACGCUAAAUGCCAAAUUGAAUGGUGUUAUUACUGCGAUCUGAUGAAAUACUGCCGAAUUUAAAUAGAGCCGUUUUGCAGAUGCAGAAGCAAAUAUGAAUACCAAGAGUAGAUUGAGAGGUCGGGGGAGAUAUGAAAACACAAAACGUCUGAAAGAGAUCCCUGAGAAUGAGAGGAUCCUUUCCUGGGAGUUUUCUCCUGCUCUCAUUGUGUGACUCAAGGCUGAUGAGGACAGAUAAUUCACCGCUGGUUUGAAAUUUGGGGCAAAAGAGAGUGAGAGAGAGAGAUCUAGUCAAAGUCUGACAGUGCGGUUGGAAACGCUCCAUCGCCUUUCUGCUGCGUGGGAGAGACGUCUGGUCAGUGAAGUAUGGCAGAGGAAUGUAGCCAGCCGUGCAACACGGUACUAAACCCACACCCACAGACGGUUUAGGAAGGUAGAUUAAUGAUGGGGAAAUUCAAAGUCAAGUCAACUUGAUGCUUGAAUUGAAAUUUCCUUAUUGAAUUCACUGUUUAAAAACAUCAUCUGUUUUGUACACAGAAGGUUUGUUCAUCAUUAUUCCUGCUGAUGCGAAAGAGCCAUAAAGUUACUUUGAAAGUAUUUCCUGAGAAAAAAUGGUUCCAGGUUCUUUGGGCGGAAACGACUUAAAUCUCUCUCGACAGGCACUUUAAUCUAGAUUGCAAAUUGAUCCAUUUGAGAUAGACUCCAAUCAAAACUCAUAAAAUAAAUGUCUCGAACCUCACAUGAUCAGAGUUGGAUCCAUUAGUUCUUUCUGAUGUGUUCACAAAUAAAACUACUAACACUGUCGACUGUCACUUAGCGCUGUCACCCGCAGAUCCAUGGGAUAUUCCACAGUGUUUUGAAUAUCUCACUAACAAACAGCCACAUCCUGUUGCGUCCUUGGUUCGCUGUGGGUGCUGUCACAGAUAAAUCCCACUGUCAUUUUAAUGUGGAUUGUCAACACAGCUGUUCAAGCUAGAGGAGAGAAAGUGAGGAGGGAAGAGUGGUGGUAUGCCUGCUUCAAACACCGGAAAGUUGCACCUGGAACUCAUUCAGUAUGUUUGUUCGGAGUUGUCAAAAUAUAUACUUUACAAAUUGUUGUAGUUCAGAUGGUUAAUUGUGUUCAUUAUCAUCUUUUUUAUAUGAAAAUUUAACUAUUUAGAGCUGUCUCAAUCCAACUUUUGAUAUCAAAAAAGAAAAAUGUGCUUUCAUCUCUUCCAAAAAUUGAAUAUUGUGUGAUGGAAACAGUAAUUAUGAGAGGAAGAAGGAUAGUAUUCAAGUGCUUGUGCUUCAUUUGGAGCAACUUGAAAGAAAAUAAAUCAACUUUAAGACAGAAAAAAAAAAAAAAAAGUUUAGAUGUUAUCACUUUGAAGUUCAAAGUUUGGACGUGCUCGAGUUUAGAUAUCACCCCCUCUCCCAUAAAUGUCUCUGUGUGGAUGAUCCUCAAGUCUAACUCUGCACCAUUCUUUAACACAUAAUCAACACAGUGCUGGAGGAAAGCUUUAAAAAAUAUGCAUCUGAAAAACCAAGGGGGGAUAAAAAGACGGAUUAACAUUUGCUCAUUUGCAUUUCGUCAAAUGUUCAGUCAUCAGGAUUAUCAAAAGUUGACUGAAGUUGUUGUCAACAUCAUUAGCCACAAAGCAGAAUUUCAAAUGAAAAGGAAAUAUUUGAUCAGUGAGAUGAGAAGCCUGCAUCUGCUCCCCUCUUCUUCCCCCUUGUGGCUGAGAAUGGGACACAAAAUAAGUCCUAAUUAAGGAGGCACUAUUGGACUUUCAAGCGUGUGUUUUUCAUUGAGUUGAUCCUGCCUGCAGAUAAUCUGGAUAACAUCAAUCUCUUGAACCCUGAUUUUUGUUUAAUAUGGUGAAGAUUAAUUAACAAGAUUAAUUGUUCAUCUUAAGAUUGAAGAGUUUGGUUUUUUAAAAGGGAAUGUCAAAAUGUAGUAAUGUAUCGCUUCCAGGACAGCGUUGGGAAAGUAUGUUUUGGUUUAGACCACAAGGUAGCGCCAGUGAGCUAUAAAUAAAUCCUCUAUACUCCAACCCUGCAUCCAAAAUCCAAAUUCACCUCCUCAACUUACUGCUCACACUUGCUGUGAGCUCCUAAUUGGCGAUGUGGGUUUUGAGUUUCUGAGCCAUUCAUUGGGAGCAAACUGGGUCAUAAUUUACAAACAUCAUUUAAUAAUAAUGCCAAUUCAUUAGUGCAAGACCCAAGCUAUCUCUUUCAUCAGCUCAAUAGAGGAAUGCCAGUGGGGCUUGAAAGCAGGUCGGUGAUGGGAGGCGGGGAGUAUUGGGAGAAGGGGGGGAGGGAUAGUGGGGGUAAAUAGCGGUGCGCACUCACAGGCUUAAUGUGGCUGUUUGGUGGAUUUCUGAGCCUUCAGUGAAUUUGGAAUCUGAAAUGAGCUUCAUCAGCAAAGUAUAAGUAAAUGUUUCAUGUUUUUUAUGAGGUGCAGUUAUGAUCUGGGAGUCAGUGAUGUUUUUGACAGAGGCAUAAAAACGAUACGCCUUUAUUCCCUGCUCUCAUCUCACAAACAAAUGGAGCGGCCCAUAUCUUUUGUCAUAAACUUAAAUCUGUCAAACAUUUUCUCUUGAAGAUUCAAACACACUGGCGCGAGGAAGAAGAGUUGAAGCGUGUUGUCAAACAGAAAUGUUAUUGGGUCUGUCCUGCCUUAUAGGAGGAUCAGAGGAGACUGCACGAGCAGCAGAAGCAGAAAUGAAUGAUCAUGAACAAAGCUUGGUUUAUCUUCCCCAUGUGUUUGUGUCCAGGGAGAUAUGAUGGAUGUCUGUGGAAACAGUAAGUCCGGGUGUUGUCUAGAUGGCAGCAAGCGUAACACAAUGUGAGGGAUUUUCCCUCAAGGUGGGUCCGAUGUCACCUGAGGAUAAGGACACUUAUCUGCCAAAAUUGCAGUCCUAGGAGACAACAUCAGGUGACGAAGGAAUGGAAUUGGCUCUCAUCCUGCUCUUUGUGUCUGAUAAAUGACGACAACACAAGCACUUUGGUCUUGCAUUAUUGAAUAAGCCUGCAAAUCUGAGGGACUGACUCAUAUCAUAGGCGGUGUGAAAGGCAAACAAAAGGAAACACAAUCAAAAUCUGAGUGAGAAACAAUAGUGAAAUUAUUAAUUAGGCUGAAAUGAUUGAGUGUCUUCUGCUGAUUUUGCAAUAGCCUGAUCAAAGUGAGGAUUUACUGCUCUUCAGUAUUGCUUGUCAUAAAAAAACUUGUUCAUUAUUUUUGUCCAUUUACUAAUCAGCUAAUGGACUUAAGGCAUAAAUAGCUCCCUGCUCACUGGUUUGUUUGUCACUGUUUAAGCAUUAGGGGACUUUCUUCUUACUUUCAGAUCUGUUUCCAUCAGGGUUUCACAUUAAAUCACAGUUUUAGACCAAUAUGAGCAUUUGCAAAGAACAAACCACAAGGCCCACAGUAUUUUAAUCAAACACUCGUGUAUUUAUAGGCCACUGACAACCUUCAGAUGAAUUAGUCUGAAUCUAUGUUGCAUGUCACACAGGCAUAGUGUAAAAAUUAAAUAACAGCACACAGACAAAGUCACAGGGAGGUAACACUCAUUCAUUAAUUGUCAAUUUAUCACACAAAGCUAAUUUUUCUCCCACUGUGCAGGCCUACCUUGUUAAAAACUGUAAGAGAAGGUUGUGCAUUUCAAAAAUGAUCCUUUGAUGAUUUAUAAUGAAAUCUUUUUAAUGAAGUAUCAGCAGCAUCACUUCACCAAACAGGAAACAAUCUUGUACUUGUAGUAUGCUUGAGUUUUUUAGAUUCCUACUCUUGCCAGUUGUUGUACAGGUUUCAGACCAAAAUUAGAUGGAAUUAUAUCAGGAAUACUGCUCAAGACCAGUCCAGGUCAAAUUCAUCAGACAAAACUCUUUUGUAAACUGUUUUUGAUGUUUUUCUUAAACUCUUCUGACCUUGGGUGACCCCCAAGGCCCCAUCCUAGAUCCCCUGUUGUUUUGUUUCUAGGUACUGCUGAGACAUAUACAUAGAAACAUUAGUCAGUACUGUUGUAAUACAGAUAACGCGCACAUAUUUGCCUUUUUAUGCUAGUUAAGGAUAUUGUUUUGUCCUUUACAAAUUUACUGCUGGAUGUCUAGACUAUUUCUAGGGUGGAUGGCAAGCAAGUUUAAUAGUCUCUUUUUAACCCCCAUAGCCUGUCUUUAUAAAGCAUCUCGGCUCCCCAUCAGCAAAUGCCAACCCAGCAGCCAGAUCCCUAUUUGGAUUAUUUGACAGUGACCUUUGUUUGAAAAACAAGUUCAAGAAGUUGUUCAGGCUUGUGUUUAAAAGAAAAUAUCUCAUAAACCAAACACCUAUCCUUCAACUCUUACAUAACAGAGUUGCUCUGCCACCUAUAAAUACAAGAAGACAAAAUUUUAACACUUUUGAUAUUCAUUCAUUUAGUAAUAGUCAUUUUAUCACUGUUGUUGAUCAUAUUUACUCUAUUUUACUUUAUUUCAUUGCUACUUGAAUUGUGCAACAAUAUUUCCGACUUUAAUGAGAAAAUUGCAGUUUUGUAAAUUAACUUUAUAAGUUGUUAUAAUAAGAACUAGUUUUGAUGCCAAAGAUUAUGGUAAUUCUGAGCUUUAUUUCUGAUUAUUAGCUCGACAGUUUAGUGAUUUAUGGAAUAUUAAUGUAAGUAAUAAUAAAGUGACAAUAAUUUUAGCGAAUAUAUGUUACGAUAUACGAAAAUAGAAAUAAGCAUAAAGACUGCUCGACUUUGUCAAUGGGUGUCUUGUAGGCAGCCUGUGCGAGGGUCAAGUUACAGCCUUGUCUAUUAAGUCAUCUUGUAACAUACACUCCAAUGACAACCUAGGGCAUAAUUCCAGGAUGUCAAUAGUGAAGCACAUUGAAUUCCUCAAGCAUCUUAAGAGUACUUGUCCCCCAAAUGCCUCUCAAGCACGGCGCGGUUGAACAAUGCACAAGGUAAACUAAUUCAACUGAGAAUAAAACCUAUUCAGGUCUAAAGACACCUUUCAGUGUCUCAGAUAAGGUCCCAUAUGUGGAGUAUAUCAAUGAAUUAUUAACAGAUGGUUCUACUCUCCAUCCAUUGCGUCCAUACAAAGUC